GGGAACGAAACGGUGCUUGCAAUGGUGACGGCUGGAGCCGUAAAACCUACGGCUGAAACGGAGAAAGAUUAACCAUAUGAAUGGCACUAGUAGCUAGAAUUGUGCUAAUCUAUCACACUAACGUCUAGGCUUUUUGUUGAAGACAGGUUUAUGCCCUUGUCAUCGCUUCGAUUCUGCAUACAGACGGAUAGGGCAAAGCAGAAAACUGUAAUAUUGUGUCAAUGGACACUUGUGCGGAGGUCCACAGCGUUUUUCUUUUUUCAAAAGAGCUGAAUAAGUAGGCCGGGGACCAGUAUCCUAGGAUUGCAUUUGCGUUCCUUAUUAUUUCAAGCUUUUGAUAUUUAGGUCGAAUACAUAAUCCAAAAUGUCGACCAGCACCCCCGAAGCGGUGAAGAAAUUACUCGAGAACAUGCAGACAGAUCUGCGGUCCCUGUCCAUGGAAUGCAAGAAGAAAUUCCCCCCAGUCAAAGAGGUAGAUAUAUGGCUGUCUAGCUAACUUUAGCUAGCAAUCUCUAUCUAGCUUUCGCUCAGUUUCACUCUGUGUGUUAUGUGGUGUUGUGAUGAUUUGCCACCUCACCAGUGAUAAUACAUUUUGAUGCAAUUGCUGAUGUUGUCAUCAAGUGCAUCAAGUAAUGCGAGCGCAACGCGACAUGGUGUAUCAGGGGGUGCAUAAUAUCCAGUUGUGACGGCUGCAUGGAUGCUGUGCCACGGUGUAACGUUAACGUUGGGCUUGAUCCAUAGCAUGUUUAUAUUGUCAGUUGUCAAAUAAUGACUUUACAUUCAAUGGUGGGACGUGCGUUGUUUUGUGUGGAUGUCAAUAUCACAUUUUUUCACAUAUCUUUAAUAAUUCACACAAUGAGGAUGCUUUGUGUUGUCACUGCAUUGGUCAGAAAUGCCACAUCCAAAACGUUGUGAUUGAAGGCAGAGUACUUCUCUUCCGGGUUUAACUACUGACAUGAAGGCUAUGGUGGUCCUCUACUUCAUGUGGCUAAAUAUACUUAACAAAAAUAUAAACGCAACAUGUAAAGUGUUGGUCCCAUGUUUCAUGUGCUGAAAUAAAGAUCCCCAACAUUUUCCAUACCCACAAAAAGCGUAUUUUCCUCAAAUUUUGUGCACAAAUGUGUUUACAUCCCUGUUAGUGAGCAUUUCUCCUUUGCCAAGAUAAUUCAUUCACCUGACAGGUGUGGCCUAUCAAAAAGCUGAUUAAACAGCAAGAUCAUUACACAGGUGCACCUUGUGCUGGGGACAAUAAAAGGCCACUCUAAAAUGUGCAGAGCUGUUACCAGAGAAUUGAAUGUUCAUUUCUCUACCAUAAGCUGCCUCCAGCGUCGUUUUAGAGAAUUUGGCAGUGCAUCCAACCGGCCUCACAACCACAGACCACGUGUAACCACGCCAGCCCAGGACCUCCACAUUAGGCUUCUUCACCUGCAGGAUCGUCUGAAACCAGCCACCCGGACAGCUGAUGAAACUGUGGGCUUGAACAACUGAAGAAUUUCUGCACAAACUGUCAGAAACAGUCUCAGGGAAGCUCAUCUGCAUGCUCGUCAUCCUCACCAGGGUCUUGACCUGACUGCAGUUUGGCGUCGAAACCGACUUUAGUGGGAAAAUGCUCACCUUCGAUGGCCUCUGGCAUGCUGUAAAGUGUGCUCUUCACAGAUGAAACCCGGUUUCAACUGUACCAGGCAGAUCGGUGAGUGGUUUGCUCAUGUGAACUGAGUGCACCAUGGUGGCGGUGGGGUUGUGGUAUGGGCAAUAUCAUUGAGCAGAGAGAGAAUUUUGCGGUUUUGAAGCUAAUUUCCAGCGAUUCUACACAGUUUGGCAUAGAGCUGAGAAACAAUUUUACAAAUUUAAAGCUAAUAUCCUGCAAUUCUAUGCAUUUUGCUAUGGCUAAUUCUGUGUUCCACUGCUCAAACAUUAUAACAAAAUCAAUGGGCAUGUGCCCUGAACGCCACGCCCGGUUUUUGGAAUUUUAAAUUCUCCCUGAGCUUUUAUUUGAUUGUUAGUUCUCAAAGAUGGUAUUAUACAAAUAAAAGUAUAAUUUCUGCAUGUUUUCUAUCUGGUUUUGGUCAUUUAAGUUGACACUGAAACUGUUUUUCAAUUCAGAAAAUUAACCCUUAGACAGCCCGCCUAAGAAAAAUACCUGUAAUUAGCUCCAAUGACUAUAAUGUUAGUUCGAGAUUUUGGCAAUGAAGCCAUUUAUCUACUUCCCCAGAGUCGGAUGUUCCUGUAGACUUCCAGUCAUUGAGCUGACGCUAGUUAGCAUUGGCUCAUGAAACUGCCUCUAACUUCCUUCAUACUGGACGCAGAGACAUAAAAAUGGUAUCCACGAUCGUAUUCUGUUGCCGCUAGCAAUAUUCAUAAAAUAAAUAUUUUUCACACAAAAAAUCCCAACAAAUAUAUAUAUAUUUUUAACUCAACAAAAACAAAAAUCGCGGACCUGCUGCAGACUCCAGUUUGAAAACCCCUAGCCUAUAUGACAGGAAUUGACUGCAUUCUCCUUUCAACUCUCAUUUAUAGGUCAAAGAAAUUAGCCUAAGACAAUCUGAUUAACUUGUUAAUGACCAGUCUUCACUUGCUUUUGAGAUUCUGAUUGAGGGCCUAUAAUAGUAAUCUCUUUAGGACAUGUUUUCAUCUAGAUAAAAACAAGGCCUUAAUUGUCAUGUUUCUAUUACAGUUAUCCCACUAGGAAAAUCCACACCACCUUUAUGAUGUCAUGCCAGUGUAGGCCUAGCUGUCAGAGGAGAAGUAAUGCUGUCUCCACAUUUAAAUGACUGCUCCUUUAUGUUGAGCCUGUGGGCCUCCACUCUAGACUGAGGUGAGUCAGCCACUGCUGGGCAGCAGGCCGCCAGGUAUAACUCUCCCUGGCUUUGUUUGUUUUUCCUCAGACCUUACCAUGUGUAAGGGAGUGAAAGACUCAGCACUGCUCUGGGGAAAAUGCCUCUACAGUAGCCUAAUAUUUCAGUCUUUUGUUUCGUGGCUAGAAUGUGGUUAUACGAAGUCUAACCUUUGCUGGGCUUUCUAAGUAGGCGCAAACUUUUACAUUUUGAUCAACAUAUUGGAAUUAUCUUACCUUUCCAUGGGAACUGAGAAUGUUAGUGUGCCCUUGACCCUUCUCUUUUCACUCAGAUAGCCAGGUACGAGACACCAACUUGACCAGUCUCACACACCCCUCUCCCAUUCAUUUACCUCUGACACACUGCAAAGCAGCCGUUUUCUUUAUGGUUUUUCUGGGUUAAAAAGGGCUGAGAAGAAUCCCAUUGAUUUUUCUACAUCACAGCUUCACGCUCUACAUCACAGCUUCAAGACCUUUCCUUCUAAUCUCCAUGGGAGAUUCUCUGUUUGUUGUGCUCUGAUCACUAUAGUCUGACAAAACACAAACACACACACACACAGCAGCUCUCUCUGAUGCAUUACCGGUGAUUCCAGGGUAAUGGAUGUUACGUUUGCACGCAAAAUCAUAACCUUAAUGUCUCACAGAAUGGCUAAACAGCAUAUUAGUGAAAGUCUGAGUUUGUAAGUCUUAGGUCAAAAUAUGGAUAGCCAUAGAUUCAGGCUUGGCUGAACACAAAAUAAUAAAAAUAUAGUCAUUUCCAUUAUUACUUUAGAGAGCAAAAACGGCCGUUAUGGAUGUUACACCCUCCGUUCUGGAUGUUACAGAGUCUGAAAUAGACAUUCAAAUCUUAAUGAUGUCUUGAUCAAAAUAUGUUAAAACACAUUUGUUGUCAUCUGGGAUGUUACAUUGCCUCUCCAAGUAACCCCCUAUCUUUACAAGACUGUAGAACACGCAAACAGAAGUCAAGACACUUCAAUUUGGUCUGUAUUGCUUCAUUAACAUAUCAUUUUUAAGUUUCACAUAUCAAAUGUUAUUAGUUGUAUAUGUACGGGAUACACAUGGUAUACACUGUCCAACGAAAUACCUACUUGCAGGUUCCGUCUCGAUAAUGCAACAACAAUAAGAAAAUAUAAGAAUAUGAACAUAAUGUAAAUGGCUCGGUAGAAUAUAAUAAACAUCUUAACAUAAGUAUAAUACAGGAAGGCACAAUUUAUAGUCCAAUAUUUACAUGUUUUGGGGAUUGGGGGGCAAAUGUUUUUAAAUUGUGCAGUAUUUAGCAAUCAUAAUAAGAGUCUGGUAGCUGUGUGUGUGGAUGAGUGAGUGCAUGUGUGCUAAGAUGAUGCUGGAGGCCUUCCUCGGGCACAGUUUCGAGUAGAUGUCCUCUCCUUAGUGUUCAUAACUAACACUGGGGAACAGCUGUGAGUGGAAAAACAAUCUCUGUGGGUCCUUUCUAAAAGCCAUGAAAUAUGAUUGACUGAAAAGCCUUUUUUGAGUUUUGGCAUCCUACUCUGUAACUCCAACAUAUAGCCUAGACAAGGGAUGGCCAACUCCAGUCCUUGGGGGCCGGAGUGGUGUCACACUUUUUCCCCAUCCCGAGCAAACACAGCUGAUUUAAACGAAUUGCAUUCUAAACUGAAGAUGAUUAUUCAUGAAUUAUUGGAGUCAGGUGUGUUUGGGGCUGAGGCAAAAGUGUGACACCAAUCAGGCCCCCGAAGACUGGAGUUGCCCAACCCUGAUAUAGACAUUAAGGAUAAUUAGAACAGCGUUCCAUUCGUAAAUGACUGACCUGUGGAUGCUCAGGUUGACUUUCCCACAGAAUUGCCCUUGCUGUGUCUGUCGACUGUAUGUGAAACCUGGCAUCUCCAGGAAUACUGCAGUAUUAAUGAAAAGGAUCAUGCAGCCUCCUGCUUUACACCCUGCCUGUAUGGCUGAAUUUGCCACACAGAUUUCAUACAGUCUGACAAAAUAACAAGCAGAAGAGUAGAAACUUAAAGGUCCAAUGCAGCCGUUUUCAUCUAAUAAUUUCUGGGUAACAUUUAAGUACCUUACUGUGAUCGUAAUAAAUUAAAAUAGUCAAAAAUAAACAAAUAGCUUCUUAGCAAAGAGCAAUUUCUCAAGCAAGAAUUCUGCUAGGACUGUCUGGGAGUGGUCUGAGGGGAAAACUUAAAACCUACUGUUAUUGGUAGAGAAGUUUGUAAAUUACCGCCUGGGGAUGUCACCAGGCAGGCCAAAACUCCAUCCCACCAAACAGGCUGAAAUUUAAGGCGGUCUCUUCAAACAGCUCUUAUACUAAAAGGGCAUUAUCAUAAUUUCCACAAUUUCACAGUAUUAUUCCAACCUCGUGGUGUAGAAAUGUAUAUAAAACACACAAAUCUAGUUUUUGACUGCACUGGGACGUUAAGAAGAACUGACUAAAUGUGAGACUAAGGUUUGGAUUCAUUGAAUAAGCCCCUUCAAUGUUGGCUAUGCAGCAGCAGAACCAAUGCUAAAAUCUGCAGUGUUUUUCUCUCUCAGCAUGUUCUGAGACCGCCGAUGAGCGGCUGACCUAAUGAUGCUGGUCUUUUGAGGGAAGUAGGGAUGGGCAUUUGAAAUAAUUUCACUAUUCAAAUAAUAUCAUAACAUUUUUUCACAUAUCCGAACUGGCUUGUGGUGCAGCCUGCGUGACUUGGGAGAGAGGUGCCGCUCUGCUCGCUUGCAGCGGUGAUGGGCAUGGGCCGGUGUGUUUGACACGGGAGAGAGAGAGUAGCCAUACAGACUUGCGCUAGUUAGACAAACUUGUAGAUGCCGUAGGUUAUCUAUCAUCCCAUCUAGUAGUGUCUGUCUUGACUGCAUCAAAUCGAUGUAAAGAACUAAGCUAGCUAGCUAGCUUACGUAGGCUAGUUGAGGCCGUUUUGCUGCACUUCUCGUCCUUGUCUACAACAACUCCAUUCAGAUUAAAUAAUAGGGUCGUUCCAUGUAAUUUCAGCAAGCCAUGACAGUUAAAAACAGAUAAGUUAAGCAUUAUCUUGUUGAAAUAUAAUUUAGUCUCUGAGAAAUUAAGCUCAUUAAUUGCACCCUAAUUGGCUAUUUUAAUUAAUAGAUUCCUAUUAUUAUAUUCAAUAAUUAUAGUACCUACCAGCUAAUUAAUUGCAGCCAAAUUGGCAAUUUUUUAAUUUAUAGGAUUCAUAUAAUAUUGAAUAAAUAUAGUACCCAAAAUCCGAUUUGGACCAAACUUUUUUCUAACAAUGAAUUAGACAUGAGGAAUCCAAAGUAAUUGUCAAAGCCAUCCACGGAUUGGCGUGGCGUGUGGGGGAUCCGUGGUUGGCAUUUGACAAUUACUUUGGAUUCCUCAGAAAAUCGUACAAAAACACAUUUACUUGAACAGUGCAGAUGCUAAGUUACCAAACGAUAGAUUGCUUUUACGAUAGAUUGCCAUAGAUUUUCUGUUAAUUACCAAAAUUACUGAAGAUUCCGGUAACUUUGGUAAAUUACUGGUAGCUUUGCAACCCUACCCUCUCCAUUGACUCUCCAUUGAAAUCCCAGCAAUCUGCUUCUGAUUCAAGGCUCUCUGACUUGCUUUGUUAUGUGACCGGUUGAAAUCUCUGUAUGGAGUUCAAUGAUCUUGAUCUUCCUUCAAGGUUUCAGUAGGAGGCAGUUCAUUGUUUGCCCGGAUUGCAGAACCCAUACUAAGUUUAUUUUUAAACCAGGCAUGUUAGACUACAGCCUCAUUGUUAUACAUUUUUGUAAUCAUCCUCAUCACCACCACCGUCGUCAUCUUCCUGCCAUGAGUGGCUCCCGUUUACAUUGCAUACAGGGUCCAUUCACUGUGGCGUCUCUGAUCGCUGCUAGUGCUAGUCCCACCUAACCACAAUGGAUGGUGUGUGAGGAGGGGUUGAGAAGGACCUUUUAAAGGCUGUUUAUAACACGGCCUUCAUAGAUAACACAGCCUUCAUAGAUAACACAGCCUUCAUAGAGAACACAGCCUUGCCUAGUUUAACUCAACAGCACUUUGGUCAAAUUCACUUUGGAAAGAAUGUCUGUCAUGCCACAAGGAAUAUCAAUGGUUUAAGAGCGUGGUUAUGGUCAACCUGUUAUAAUGUAUGGAGAGAACCAGCGCCCUGAGAAACCUUGUCCAGUGCCAACUGCUGUAACUUCAUUAGCCAAGAUAACAAGACUAACUUCAUGAUGAGGAAGUGUCAGCUCAGCAGCUGCUGCUUAUCCAGCCACCCCCUAUCAACAACACCUAGAAUAAGAACUCAACGGCCCUAUAUUGCCCCUUCCCCCCCCCAACACAGAUUUUAUUGUCCUUUUGUGGAGGCCUAACCAUGUUUGUGGCAGAGAGUUAAUGUUCUCAACAAAAAAACGUCCUGCCUGCCUCCCAUUUUGAAUAUGAGCCGCAGCCAAUUGAAUAUUAUUUUCAUUCACUUCGUAGCACCGAUGGCUGUAUUUAUAUCUCAGUUUGGGCAAGCUUUAAAAGUGGCUACACCAGCAGGAACGGAAUGAUUAUUAAAGAAAGUUCUGUAUGUUGGUUUAUUGCCCUGUUAAAGCCCUCAGCCUCGCUCCACACUGAGAACAAAGGAGAAGAGGGAGACUUGCAUUUCUCCAGAUUAACUUUAAAGUCGCGGUGUGGCGUGGUGAUCGGGCCUGUAGUUCUACACAGUUUGGCUCAGUCCACACUCCGAAGUAUUAAGGCCCUGUUGCCUGGUAACCAAGAGGUUCAAAAGGUCGCGUCCUGUCCCGUUGACUCCCGUCUUCUGUGCGGCCUUGUUGCAGUUCAAAUGAAAUAUUAAGUGAUAUGACUGUAUAAAAGCUAGGAGAGGUGAAACACCACAGCACAGUAGCCACGGUCAGAAAGAACAACAACGGCAAGUGUUUCUCACGCUCUGUCUUCCUAAGUGGUUUAACAUCAUAUGAAUAGGGGGUGACUGCUUCUUGUUAUUCAUAUCCUAUGAAUGACCUGCUGAGGUCUCGCACACUGUUCUCAAGCUAGGCCCUUUGUGGUCAGAUGUUACCUGAAAGAAACCCUGCUAGGCUAUGCAUGUUUGAGUAUGAAGGAGAGGCAGUGACUAGAACAGGAUGUCUUGAACUUGGAACACCAAUCCAAUAUUUUUUCAAUUUAACUUGGGACUAGAAUUGUGAGCAGUUGCCAAGAAACAAUCGCUCAAUGUCAAAGCACUUCUUGCUGUCAAUUGUGGCACUUGACAUCAUUUCAAUUAUGAUUAUUAAAUGCAGGGAGUGUAUGUUAAUAGGCCUUUGUUUUUUGGUGUGUUCUUCAGAAAGGGCAUUUUCAUGGUCGAGUCAGCCUAUGAAAUAUUGGACACUGACAGUAUGUUUAUGUAGGCUAUAGGCCCAGUCCGUAUCACAGUGCAUAGGCAAUUGUUAAUGAUCUGCUUGCUGUUGUGGUUGGUUUAGGAAUGGGAAGAAAAGAACAAGGCAAGAGAAGCACAGAAAAGAGGAGAACGAGGGGGCGAAGUUGGAGAGAGGGAGAAUAUCUUGACAGAGCUGCAGUUGCUGUAGAGAUAUAAAGAGGCCUCUGUUGACUGCUGAAAGCACAGCAUGCUCUCUCUCUCCUUCCCUCUCCUCUCUCUCUCUCUCCUUCCCUCUCCUCUCUCUCUCUCUCUCCUUCCCUCUCCUCUCUCUCUCUCUCUCCUUCCCUCUCCUCUCUCUCCUUCCCUCUCCUCUCUCUCCUUCCCUCUCCUCUCUCUCCUUCCCUCUCCUCUCUCUCCUUCCCUCUCUCUCCUUCCCUCUCCUCUCUCUCCUUCCCUCUCCUCUCUCUCUCUCUCCUUUCCUCACCCUCUCCUUCCCUCACUCCCUUGCUUUCUCUUUCUCACUCCCUUCCCCUCAGUCGCUCUUCUCUUCCCCCAUCUUUCGCUUUCCCCCCUUCUCUCCCUCUCCUCCCUCCAUAUCUCCCCCAUCCGGAUCUUAGCCUCUCACUAUGUUAGGCAGCACAGCUCCACACAAGAGAAAUCACUAUGGUUCCCUCUGUGUCUCCUCUCAGGUAAAGGGACUUAGGGUUAACUGAUUACAGCCCUCAAUGUUUCUGGCCACGCUUGUCUUCUCUGCCCUCUCCUCUGAGGAUCAUUAAUAAGGACUGGGAGAUGUCUACCUCAGGUAUAACAGUGGAUAUAGAGGUGGUAACGCAUCGUCAGCGGUCUCAUAAGGAACAUAUAGGUCAAUGUAAUCUUAAUGGGCCUCUUGUCUGUGCUUUCCUAGGCUGCCGAGUCGGGGAUUGUCAAGAUCAAGACCAUCGCCGCGAGGAAUACAGACAUCUUGGCGAGUGAGUGAAGGAGGGAGGGAGGGACACCCUUAAAUGCCUUGUUUGUGCGAGAAAGAUGUUUUGGCUGAACCAAUUAUCCACGUACAGAUCAGUGAUUUAGACCUAAUUCAAACAAGCAAAGGAAAGAAGAAUGCAUUCUAAGAGAGUUGUUCUAGGUGUGUUUUUGUUCUAUAACAGCUGCCUGACUGCGCCCAUGUAUCGUCUCCCCCUUAGCUCUGAAGGAGAACAGCUCGGAGGUGGUGCAGCCGUUCCUGAUGGGCUGUGGCACCAAGGAGCCCAAGAUCACCCAGCUGUGUCUGGCUGCUAUCCAGAGACUCAUGUCCCACGAGGUGGUGUCUGAGGUAAGGAACACAGGACCGCUAUGGGUCUAAUUCUAACUUCCGAUUUUUCACUUAGUCAUGUAUUGAUGUCAGUGGGAGACUAAGUGGAUGUUUUAGGCUCGCCCCUAUAACUCUUUAUAGUCUCUUUGAUUAAUAUUGCAUUAUCAAUGCGUAUAAUGCAUGUACCGUGUUGAUUGAGAAGGCUGAAAUGAAUUAUUUAGGAGGGAAAUGGUCCUAGCUGAUAUCAAACCUGCUGUGACUCAUAUAUUUUAAGGCUAGUACAAAACACACUGUACUAAACGCCUGGACAAUUGAAAGUGAAAGUGUACUCUCUGUUCCUGCAUGGUCGCUACAACACAAAAGACUUCUACGCUUUCAUUCUAAGCCCAUUGAACAGUGCUUUGGUCUGGAUGAAGGCCUACAUUUGAAGUCAGGGCAGGGGGAGCACAUUAUUAUGACCCUGGGCUUAUACAAGUUUAAAUACCACCAACUCUAUCUGAGAGGGUGGGUUUUCUACUUUUUACUUCACACUGCAGUGCAAAUCCCCAUCUCUGUAGAACCGCUACCUACACCUCAACAUGGAACCCAGGCUAUUGUGACUGGCCCUUUAUCCACUAAACCUCAACAUGGAACCCAGGCUAUUCUGACUGGCCCUUCACUCCCCGAUUGCGGCCAAUUUCCUUGACUUGCCUGGUGUUAUCAGGGACACCUUGAACGACCAGCUAGCUAGCUAGCUAGCCAGGCCUACUGUGUGAAUAACAACUCCCUGACUGACUGGCUCCCUGCCUGACUGACUGUGUACACCCUGCCGUGCAUGCCUGGCUGGCUGGCUGUGUUUACGUGCUAUCAGCAGACACCCUGCUUGGAGCCUUUCAACAGAGGCUUUCUGGCAUGCUCCAGCACCUCCCCUCUAUAUAUCACCGUCUGUGUGUCUGUAAGCCCAGGGCUUAACUAGUAGGAUGCGCUUUUAAAUGGGUAGUUGUUGGCUCCCACGUCUAUGGGAACAGCUAGCAUGUCAUUGCGCUAACGCUAGUAGCAAUGCACCCCACUCCCCCUGUUUAGUAGCAAUGCAUUGAAACCCUGCCCCCACCUGCCUCCAGCUUUCCUUGCCACCACUGCAGAAAAAUAUCUUAGGGGAAACACUGGACAUGGAUGGGGAAGAGGAACGAAUCUACCGCAGUAUUGAUUAAAUGUCUUGGUUUGUAUGAGUGAACGGGAGUCAUUUUUGCCUCAGGAAGUAAAUGACCUGUCAUGGUAUUGCCCCCUCUUUUGAAGGACAGGUUCUUUUUUUCUUCAACUGGUUCGACUUCCCCCAGUUCCAUUGGUUUUGUACGAGUUCUGUUGGGUUGUUCUGACCUCAGGAUGUGACACAAGGACAAUGUGUGUGGAGUCACUGCCCUGGAGUGCCACAGUGGCAAUGUACAGUGGGGAGAACAAGUAUUUGAUACACUGCCGAUUUUGCAGGUUUUCCUACUUACAAAGCAUGUAGAGGUCUGUAAUUUUUAUCAUAGGUACACUUCAACUGUGAGAGACGGAAUCUAAAACAAAAAUCCAGAAAAUCACAUUGUAUGAGUUUUCAGUAAUUAAUUUGCAUUUUAUUGCAUGACAUAAGUAUUUGAUCACCUACCUACCAGUAAGAAUUCCGGCUCUCACAGACCUGUUAGUUUUUCUUUAAGAAGCACUCCUGUUCUCCACUCAUUACCUGUAUUAACUGCACCUGUUUGAACUCGUUACCUGUAUAAAAGACACCUGUCCACACACUCAAUCAAACAGACUCUAACCUCUCCACAAUGGCCAAGACCAGAGAGCUGUGUAAGGACAUCAGGGAUAAAAUUGUAGACCUGCACAAGGCUGGGAUGGGCUACAGGACAAUAGGCAAGCAGCUUGGUGAGAAGGCAACAACUUUUGGCGCAAUUAUUAGAAAAUGGAAGAAGUUGAAGAUGACGGUCAAUCACCCUCGGUCUGGGGCUCCAUGCAAGAUCUCACCUCGUGGGGCAUCAAUGAUCAUGAGGAAGGUGAGGGAUCAGCCCAGAACUACACGGCAGGACCUGGUCAACGACCUGAAGAGAGCUGGGACCACAGUCUCAAAGAAAACCAUUAGUAACACACUACGCCGUCAUGGAUUAAAAUCCUGCAGCGCACGCAAGGUCCCCCUGCUCAAGCCAGCGCAUGUCCAGGCCCAUCUGAAGUUUGCCAAUGACCAUCUGGAUGAUCCAGAGGAGGAAAGGGAGAAGGUCAUGUGGUCUGAUGAGACAAAAAUAGAGCUUUUUGGUCUAAACUCCACUCGCCGUGUUUGGAGGAAGAAGAAGGAUGAGUAUAACCCCAAGAACACCAUCCCAACCGUGAAGCAUGGAGGUGGAAACGUCAUUCUUUGGGGAUGCUUUUCUGCAAAGGGGACAGGACGACUGCACCGUAUUGAGGGGAGGAUGGAUGGGGCCAUGUAUCGCGAGAUCUUGGCCAACAACCUCCUUCCCUCAGUAAGAGCAUUGAAGAUGGGUCGUGGCUGGGUCUUCCAGCAUGACAACGACCCGAAACACACAGCCAGGGCAACUAAGGAGUGUCUCCGUAAGAAUCAUCUCAAGGUCCUGGAGUGGCCUAGCCAGUCUCCAGACCUGAACCCAAUAGAACAUCUUUGGAGGGAGCUGAAAGUCCGUAUUGCCCAGCGACAGCCCCGAAACCUGAAGGUCUGUAUGGAGGAGUGGGCCAAAAUCCCUGCUGCAGUGUGUGCAAACCUGGUCAAGACCUACAGGAAACGUAUGAUCUCUGUAAUUGCAAACAAAGGUUUCUGUACCAAAUAUUAAGUUCUGCUUUUCUGAUGUAUCAAAUACUUAUGUCAUGCGAUAAAAUUCAAAUUAAUUACUUAAAAAUCAUACAAUGUGAUUUUCUGGAUUUUUGUUUUAGAUUCCGUCUCUCACAGUUGAAGUGUAGCUAUGAUAAAAAUUACAGACCUCUACAUGCUUUGUAAGUAGGAAAAACCUGCAAAAUCGGCAGUGUAUCAAAUACUUGUUCUCCCCACUGUAAAUGUUUGGCGGAAUGAAGGUACAUGUGACUCACUGACCCUGAUGCGUUCAGAGCUGUGGGCUGGUCCGAUCGGCUGCUCCGCUGUGUGUCUGUGUCUAAUUCUUUGUUUAUCGGUGUGUACAUGUCUGUCUGUGAGCUCUAGUGCUGCUGUCACUUGCUCUGUUCUGUCACAUUCCAGUUGAUUGUGACCGUGACUGUCACUGCCUCCUUGAUGUACAAGUAGGCUACAAGGCUCCCGAGUGGCGCAGCGGUCUAAGGCACUGCAUCUCAGUGCUUGAGGCGUCACUACAGACCCCCUGGUUCGAUUCCAGGCUGUAUCACAACCAGCCGUGAUUGGGAGUCCCAUAGGGCAGUGCACAAUUGGCCCAGCGUCGUCUGGGUUUGGCCGGUGUAGGCCGUCAUUGUAAAUAAGAAUUUGUUCUUAACUGACUUGCCUAGUUAAAGGUAAAAUAAAUAAAUAAAUUAACUGUGUGUGUGUGUGUUCAUCAGGCUGCAGCAGGGAACAUCAUUAACAUGCUGUGGCAGUUGAUGGAGAAUGGGCUGGAGGAACUGAAGCUGCUGCAGACUGUCCUAGUGCUGCUCACCACCAACACUGUAGUACAUGACGAAAUACUCUCCAAGGUACCAUAAACUGCGCACUGUAUACAAACACCAAAUGUUGUCAUGCAUGUACACAGUUGUACACAAUACAAACACAGGUAUCUUGCCUCGUGUCACAGAAGGUUGAUAUUUGCACAACCAUUGCAGACAUUUCAUAUAUUCACAGUCCAGUCAGAUAGCACAUUCUUAGUCCCACAAACGUCUCAUAUUUGCCCGAGGAGUCAUGUACUAUUCCAAGUCUGUUUCCACAUGCAUGUGAAUCCAGAUGUGUGCCUUAGUAAAUCUGUCUACGUUCAAUUGUCCAUACUAGUGUACCGCUUAGAAUGUAUUCCCCAAUACAUGGCUUGAUCCUUGGUGGUAGCCUAUGUUUUUCUGGAUAUUGUAACAGAGCCUGUGUCUCCUCUCCCCUCGUCCCUCCCUCCCAGGCUAUCGUGCUGUGUUUCCGCCUGCACUUCACCAAGGACAACAUCACCAACAACACGGCCGCCGCCACCGUGAGACAGGUCGUCACCGUGGUCUUUGAGAGGAUGGUCGCAGAGGAUGAGCGCUUCAAAGGUCAGGGUCAGAGUGCUCAUGGGAAAUGGAGUUCUUCUAGGACUGAACCAUUUCUGUUUCUGUCCUUCAGUAUUCUGCAUCACACACACUUCCUCUUUUACCCUCCUCCUCCUCUAACUUUGACCCUGUCACAGAGUAAGGGAAGGGAGUUAGUUUCUCCUUAGAUUGCCCAAAGCUGCUUAUCCCAUGAUUUAAGCCUGAGUUCAAUGAAUACAUAAUUCGUUUUUGUUGAGGUUUUUGUUCUGCCCCUUAAGAUUUCACACUGCUGUCUUCCCACUCUGCAUCUUGGGAUUGGGAAUCACUAUUUAAUUAAGUGACUUUUCCUUUUUGUAGUAGGUGUUGGACCGGCCUUUUCUGAGAGUGUGUUGUUUGGUGGAAUGUGUUUUGUGGUUUGUGUGUUUGUUUGAGUGUGAGCGAUUGAUCCCUCCAGGCUUGUAGCCACAGCUGUGUCCAAUGACUGUCUCUCCCAUGUGUUCUCUCCCCCCUUUCCCCCUCUCUCUUCCUCUCACUCUCUUCUCCCCUCCCCCUCCCCCUCUCCUCCUUCCCCCCCUCCUCACCUUCCUCUCUCCUCUAGGCAUCGUGGAGCAGCCUACUCCAGUUCAAGGUAACACUAACCGGAGGUCUGUCAGCACCCUGCGGCCCAGCGCUAAAGACGCCUACAUGCUGUUCCAGGUACGUCCACCAGGAGACAGUCCUCCAUACCUCUCACUGUACCCCACCUACACCCUCUCGCCCAUCAGAAGAGGGGGUGUAGAUAGGGUUUACCCUGUGAACGAGGGCAGGAGAAGGGAGGGAACGAGGGGAGGGGAAGGGAGGGAACAACUUUGUGGAAUGAAACACAGCCAGGCUGUCUUUAUAUACACUACAGUGGCUUGCGAAAGUAUUCACCCCCCUUGGCAUUUUUCCUAUUUUGUUGAUUUACACAACAUUUUCCUAUUCAUUUGAUUUACACAACAUGCCUACCACUUUGAAGAUGCAAAAUAUUUUUUAUUGUGAAACAAACAAGAAAUAAGACAAAAAAACAGAACUUUAGCGUGCAUAACUAUUCACCCCCCCCCAAAGUCAAUACUUUAUAGAGCCAUCUUUUGCAGCAAUUACAGCUGCAAGUCUCUUGGGGUAUGUCUCUACAAGCUUGGCACAUCUAGCCACUGGGAUUUCUUCCCAUUCUUCAAGGCAAAACUGCUCCAGCUCCUUCAAGUUGGAUGGGUUCCGCUGGUGUACAGCAAUCUUUAAGUCAUACCACAGAUUCUCAAUUGGAUUGAGGUCUGGGCUUUGACUAGGCCAUUCCAAGACAUUUAAAUGUUUCCCCUUAAACCACUCGAGUGUUGCUUUAGCAGUAUGCUUAGGGUCAUUGUCCUGCUGGAAGGUGAACCUCCGUCCCAGUCUCAAAUCUCUGGAAGACUGAAACAGGUUUCCCUCAAGAAUUUCCCUGUAUUUAGCGCCAUCCAUCAUUCCUUAAAUUCUGACCAGUUUCCCAGUCCCUGCCAAUGAAAAACAUCCCCACAGCAUGAUGCUGCCACCACCAUGCUUCACUGUGGGGAUGGUGUUCUCGGGGUGAUGAGAGGUGUUGGGUUUGCGGCAGACAUAGCGUUUUCCUUGAUGGCCAAUAAUCUCUAUUUUAGUCUCUUCUGACCAGAGUACCUUCUUCCAUAUGUUUGGGGAGUCUCCCACAUGGCUUUUGGCGAACACCAAACAUGUUUGCUUAUUUUUUUCUUUAAGCAAUGGCUUUUUUCUGGCUCUCUUCCAUAAAGCCCAGCUCUGUGGAAUGUACGGCUUAAAGUGGUCCUUUGGACAGGUACUCCAAUCUCCGCUGUGGAGCUUUGCAGCUCCUUCAGGGUUAUUUUUGGUCUCUUUGUUGCCUCUGAUUUAAUGCCCUCCUUGCCUGGUCCGUGAGUUUUGGUGGGAAGCCCUCUCUUGGCAGGUUUGUUGUGGUGCCAUAUUCUUUCCAUUUUUUUAUAAUGGAUUUAAUGGUGCUCCGUGGGAUGUUCAAAGUUUCUGAUAUUUUUUUAUAACCCUGAUCUGUACUUCUCCACAACUUUGACCCUGACCUGUUUGGAGAGCUCCUUGGUCUUCGUGGUGCCGCUUGCUUGGUGGUGCCCCUUGCUUAGUGGUGUUGCAGACUCUGGGGCCUUUCAGAACAGGUGUAUAUAUACUAAGAUCAUGUGACACUUAGAUUGCACACAGGUGGACUUUACUUAACUAAUUAUGUGACUUCUGAAUGUAAUUGGUUGCACCAGAUCUUAUUUAGGGGCUUCAUAGCAAAGGGGGUGAAUACAUAUGCACGAACCACUUUUCUGUUAUUUAUUUUGUAGAGUUUUUUUAAACAUGUUAUUUUUUUCAUUUCACUUGACCAAUUUGGACUAUUUUGUGUAUGUCCAUUACAUGAAAUCCAAAUAAAAAUCCAAUUAGAUUACAGGUUGUAACGCAACAAAAUAGGAAAAACGCCAAGGGGGAUGAAUACUUUUGCAAGGCACUGUAUAUAUACAAAAGUAUGUGGGAACCCCUUCAAAUUAGUGGAUUCGGCUAUUUCAGUCUCACCCGUUGCUGAGAGGUCAUGCAAUCUCCAUAGACAAAUAUUGGCAGUAGAAUGGCCUUACUGAAUAGCUCAGUGACUUUCAACGUGGCACUGUCGUAGGAUGCCAAUUUUCCAACAAGUCAGUUCGUCAAAUUUCUGCCCUGCUAGAGUUGCCCCGGUCAACUGUAAGUGCUGUUAUUGUGAAGUGGAAACGUCUAGGAGCAACAACGACUCAGCCGCGAAGUGGUAGGCCACACAAUCUCACACAAUGGAACCGCUGAGUGCUGAAGCGCGUAGCGCAUAAAAAUCAUCUGUCCUCGGUUGCAACACUCACUAUCGAGUUCCAAAUUGGCUCUGGAAGCAACAUUAGCACAAGUACUGUUCGUCGGGAGCUUCAUGAAAUGGGUUUCCAUGGCCGGGGAGCCGCACACAAGCCUAAGAUCACCAUGCACAAUGCCAAGUGUCAGCUGUAGUGGUGUAAAGCUCGCUGCCAUUGGACUCUGGAGCAGUGGAAAUGCGUUCUCUGGAGUGAUGAAUCACGCUUCACCAUCUGGCAGUUUGAUGGAUGAAUCUGGGUUUGGCAGAUGCCAGGAGACUGCUACCUGACCGAAUGCAUAGUGCCAACUGUAAAGUUUGGUGGAGGAAGAAUAAUGGUCUGGGGCUGUUUUUCAUGGUUCUGGCUAGGCCCCUUAGUUCCGGUGAAGGGAAAUCUUAACGCUACAGCAUACAAUGACAUUCUAGACGAUUCUGUGCUUCCAACUUUGUGGCAACAGUUUGGGGAAGGUCCUUUCCUGUUUCAGCAUGACAAUGCCCACGUGCACAAAGCGAGGUCCAUACAGAAAUAGUUUGUCGAGAUCGGUGUGGAAGAACUUGACUGGCCUGCGCAGAGCCCUGACCUCAACCCCAUCGAACACCUUUGGGAUGAAUUGGAAUGCCGACUACAAGCCAGGCCUAAUCGCCUGACCUCACUAAUGCUCUUGUGGCUGAAUGGAAGCAAGUCCCUGCAACAAUGUUCCAACAUCUAGUGGAAAGCCUUCCCAGAAGAGUUGAGGCUGGUAUAGCAGUAAAGGGAGGACCAACUCCAUAUUAAUGCCCAAGAUUUUGGAACGAGAUGUUUGACGAGCAGGUGUCCACAUACUUUUGGUCAUGUAGUGUAUGUACAGCCUAGACUUCCAGACUGUAUCACAGAGGCAAUGCUAGUAGCUGUCUCCAGCUGUCCUAUGUGCAUGUCUAUAGCCCCAUCUUCGUGUGUGUCUAUCCAGGACCUAUGUCAGCUAGUGAAUGCUGACGCCCCCUACUGGCUGGUGGGGAUGACAGAGAUGACGCGGACAUUUGGUCUGGAGCUCCUGGAGUCAGUCCUCAAUGACUUCCCUGGGGUCUUCCUGCAGGUAAACACACAGUACACACAACAUAAUACACAGUCCCUCCAGGAUUUUGCAAUCCCAAUUUUGUUUUUGCUAAAUCAACAAUUCCCCAAGCGAGGGCUUGCAAUUUUGACCAAUCAUUAGAAAAAUAGAUUUCUGCAUAAAACAGUCUAGUUUUGUCACUAUACCAGAAUUUUGACUUCGAGAGCAGGUUUAGUAUCACGAUACUUGAAACCGAAAUGAUACUCAAUACCAAAACGAUACUCGAUACUGAAAUUAUACUCAAUACCAAAACCAUACUCAAUAACAAAAAAAAAUCCAUGUAUUAGCUAAAGUCACAGAAUAACCGCUGGCUUUAUUUUCUUAAACACUGAACAAUAUGUUGAUAACUGGUAAAACAACUAAAAUAACAAAUAGAAUAUCUUCUAUUCUAUAUAACAUGUAGGUCCAGGUUGUGGGCCCAACUGUCCUAUACUGAGUAUUGCCAACCCAUAGUCUUUCCUGAGACAUAUUGUGCAUUAUAUGUCCAUUGCGCUGCACACAAUUUAAACAUAGUCUUGAAUGAUGCAUGCCAAGAUAUAGAAGAGAUAAGGGACUGUUAAUAUUUGCAAUCACGCAACUAAUACGCCGGUUCACCAGUAUGAACGAAAUUACAAACUGAUUUUUUUGUUCAAGGCCUCUAGAACUGUUGUCCGCUAAAGAUGAUAAUCUGUUUGCAUCUGGCAUUUUAUUGGCUGUCCAGUAUCCAGACGACCUGUCCUCAGAGAUUCCUAUACAGUUAAUCUCUUUCCGUAACAUGUUGAGGCCUGCAAUUAAGGAGAAUGAAAGGCUCAAUUAAAGAUGUUGCAAAACGGCUGUAUUUGAAGCACCACUCCCUUCUGCCCAGUUUCCCUGAUGUUAUUAUGGCAAUCAAGCUGUUUUUACCAUCCCUGUAACUGUCGCUUCUGCAGAUAAAUCAUUUUCUGAUCUUAAACUCUACUAAGAACUACCAAAGAAGCAUUAGGCUCUUGGUCUGAUAUGCGCUUUUGAACACCUGAGUAAGCUCCACUCAUUGCACUGGCACCGUCGUAGCCUUGCCACGGCAUUUGUUCACUGAGAUCCUCUUAUACUUUCAAUCAGUUAAAUUUUUUAUUUUUCCAAGGCCUGAGGCACUUUUUCAGUCACAUUUCAGUCACAUUCCUGAAGAACACUUUGCUUCCUAGUACAUAUGGAAAUUAAAAAGGUUUAUUAAUGACUUUUUGGAGGGUUACUGUCAAAAUGAUCAAUUCAAUAAAUAAAUAAAUAAAUAAAAGACAGAUGAAUAAGAGCCAGAGCUCGUGGGCCCUCCCGCCUUGCGUGGGGGGUCCAGUACGACAGUGACAACGUGAUACAGUAAAGUAUAGUACAAUACAGUACAAUAUAAUUCAAUACAAUUAAGUAUUAUAUGCAUUGAAAUAGAAUACAAUAUGUCAUCUCACUGUAGGUGUGUGUGUCUUUAUAUUUGUACUCUGACCCCCACCUCCUGCUUAUCCCACCUGUUGCCAUCUGACCACUGUAUAGCACCAGGAGUUCAGCUUCCUGCUGAAGGAGCGUGUUUGUCCGCUGGUCAUCAAGCUGUUCUCCCCCAACAUCAAGUUCCGCCAGGGCAGCAGCAGCGCCUCCUCGCCUGCCCCUGUAGAGAAACCCUACUUCCCCAUCUGCAUGAGGCUGCUCAGAGUGGUGUCUGUGCUCAUCAAACACUUCUACAGCCUACUGGUGAGUCCCUGUGGUUAUCAAACACUUCUACAGCCCACUGGUGAAAGUCAGUUACAGCUAGCUAUUACCUAGUACUGUCUAAAUCAUCAAACACAACUACAGUUUAGUGGUGUGAGCCAAGGCAGGAACUAUAGUUUGGGUAAAUUCCAUCUGAAUUCAGUCAAUUCAGGAGGUUAACUGAAAUUCAUCCUGUUGUCCUCUUAUUGUAGAGAUAUAUACUACCGGCCAAAGGUUUUAGAACACCUACUCAUUCAAGGGUUUUUCUUUAUUUUUUACAUUGUAGAAUAAUAGUGAAGACAUCAAAACUAUGAAAUAACACAUGGAAUCAUGUAGUAACCAAAAAAAGUGUUAAACAAAUCAAAAUAUAUUUUAUAUUUGAGAUUCUUCAAAUAGCCAUCCUUUGCCUUGAUGACAGCUUUGCACACUCUUGGCAUUCUCUCAACCAGCUUCACUUGGAAUGCUUUUCCAACAGUCUUGAAGGAGUUCUCACAUGCUGAGCACUUGUUGGCUGCUUUUCCUAAAACUCUGCGGUCUGACUCAUCCCAAACCAUCUCAAUUUGGUUGAGGUCAGGGGAUUGUGGAGGCCAGGUCAUCUGAUGCAGCACUCCAUCACUCUCCUUCUUGGUAGCCCUUACACAGCCUGGAGGUGUGUUGGGUCAUUGUCCUGUUGAAAAACAAAUGAUAGUCCCACUAAUCCCAAACCAGAUGGCGUAUUGCUGCAGAAUGCUGUGGUAGCCAUGCUGGUUAAGUGUGCCUUGAAUUCUAAAUCAAUCACAGACAGUGUCACCAGCAAAGUACCCCCACACCAUAACACCACCUCCUCCAUGCUUUACGGCGGGAAAUACACAUGCAGAGAUCAUCCGUUCACCCACACAGCGUCUCACAAGACACGGCGGUUGGAACCAAAAAUCUCAAAUUUGGACUCCAGACCAAAGGACAAAGUUCCACCGGUCUAAUGUCCAUUGCUCGUGUUUCUUGGCCCAAGCAAGUCUCUUCUUCUUAUUGGUGUCCUUUAGUAGUGGUUUCUUUGCAGCAAUUUGACCAUGAAGGCCUGAUUCACACAGUCUCACCUGAACAGUUGAUGUUGAUGUGUGUCUCUUACUUGAACUCUGUGAAGCAUUUAUUUGGGUCUUCCAUUCUCUGGGUCUUCCAUUCCUGUGGCGGUCCUCAUAAGAACCAGUUUCAUCAUAGUGCUUGAUGGUUUUUGCGACUGCACUUGAAGAAACUUUCAAAGUUCUUGACAUUUUCCGUAUUGACUGACCUUCAAGUCUUAAAAUAACGAAGGACUGUUGUUUCUCUUUGCUUAUUUGAGCUGUUCUUGCCAUAAUAUGGACUUGGUCUUUUUACCAAAUAGGGCUAUCUUCUGUAUACCCCCCUACCUUUUCACAACACAACUGAUUGGCUCAAACGCAUUAAGAAAGAAAUUCCACAAAUUAACUUUUAAGAAGGCACACCUGUUAAUUGAAAUGCAUUCCAGGUGACUACCUCAUGAAGCUGGUUGAGAGAAUGCCAAGAGUGUGCAAAGCUGUCAUCAAGGCGAAGGGUGGCUAUUUGAAGAAUCUCAAUUAUAUAAUAUAUUUUGAUUAGUUUAACACUUUUUUGGUUACUACAUGAUUCCGUAUGUGUUAUUUCAUAGUUUUGAUGUCUUCACUAUUAUUCUACAAUGUAGAAAAUAGUAAAAAUAAAGAAAAACCCUUGAAUGAGUAGGUGUUCUAAAACUUUCGACAUAUGUGUACAUAUGUGGGUAGUUAGCCUGGGGAGCUGAGGAUUGAGGUGUGUUUGUCUGUGUUGUGGUUGUAGGUGACGGAGUGUGAGAUCUUCCUGUCCCUGCUGGUGAAGUUCCUGGAUGGAGAGAAGCCUCAGUGGCUCAGAGCCGUGGCCGUGGAGUCAGUCCACAGGCUGUGUGUACAGCCACACCUGCUACGGUGAAGAGGAGGAGCGCACACGCACCCUCAACACACAUAUCACUGACCUCACCAUACACCUCUGACACUAACCUUAUAGCACACACAAACACACAUCACUAACAUUACCGCAAAACCUCAGCGCACAUAACCUCAACAAUCUCCUCCAUAUUAUAUAUUUUUUACCAAACUUCCUAUCAACCCUGUCUAUAUCCCCUCCAGAUCUUUCUGCCAGUCCUAUGACAUGAAGCAGCACUCCACCAAGGUGUUCCGGGACAUCGUCAACGCUCUGGGCUCCUUCAUCCAGUCCCUCUUCAUCAUCCCCAACACAGGCAACCCUGCUGCCACCAAUGCCCCUGCUGGUCAGUACCACACUGAGCACAUUGAGAUGGACCUACUGUUGUCUUUACUUGUGUUACAGCUUGAGACUGUAGUUGGAAAUAAAGAAAAUGAAUAUCUAGGAUAGGAUUAGGCAACUCAUGAGGGUAUGGAAGGUUCUGGUCUGCAGGGUGCGAAGGCUUUUGUUCCAGCUCAAUACUAACUAAUAUUUUGCUCUCUCUUCUACCUUCCCUCCCCCCUUCCAUUCCUCAAUCUCUCUGUCCCUCCUUAGGUGGGUCUGGGUCGGGGGCCCAGGCGGCUGCCCAGGGCGGUCCAGGAGCAGGAGGUCAGGGUGGGAGUCUGACCACUCAGGCUGCCUUCGAAUACCGCGGUACCUGGAUCCCCCUCAUGACCGUCAGUGUGCAGGGCAGCGCCAAGGCUACCUAGUGAGUAGUACUACACACACACACACUAGACAUCUAGCUAUGUCUGUCUAGGUUUGAAUCAUCCAUCCAAUUAUCACACACAGGGGCACAAUCUAUUUGAGACAGAUAUUUAAACCAGAGAGAAAUGGUUUGAUUUUAAACCACAGGGGACGGAAUUAUCAUUAGACCUAGACACCCUGGAGGACAGUUGGCCUGUAAAUACUGUCAUUGUCAUUAUUCUACUCUAACUAGCUGCUAUCUUUUAGUGAGGGGACCGAGACAAAGGCAGGAACAGAGAGAACACAAACACAGCAGAUUCCACAUGACACACACUGUGCCUGUAAGAGGGGAGGAAGGAGUUCAUUUAACUAUGGAUUAGUUGACCUAGCUCUGCUCUCUAUGCAUGGUUAGGAAGGGAAUAGGAUCUGUUGUCUGUAAUUAUGAGGAGAUUGAGCAAUGCUGGUGUUUUGAUAGACUAGAGAAUGAAACUAGCUGGUUUGUUGAUGCAGGAGAGAUGGUUGUCAGUCAACAUUGUCUUAACACAACUCAUUGUGUGUUUGUAAUGAACACAUUGCCAGGGAAAGCUGAUCCUGCAGGUGUCUAAGCAGCAGUCCAGUGAGAGUGUGUUUGUUAGUGGGAGCUGAAUGAGUGUUUUUGUUUGCAUGUAGCUCCUUUGGACGUACACACUUUUUCUUACAACUGAGUAGGGUAGACAGACACACACACACAAUGCGUCAUAUCAUACGUUUCCCUUUCCCUUUCCCCUUCCCUGCCCCAGUCUGGAGAUGUUGGACAAGGUGGAGCCCCCGUCCAUCCCAGAGGGUUAUGCCAUGUCUGUGGCCUUCAGUGCCCUGCUGGACCUGGUCCGAGGCAUCACCUCCAUGAUAGAGAGAGAACUGGCCAAGGAGGAGGAGGAGGCGGCUGUACGCAGGGAGGCCAACCCAGACCAGAACGCCCAACCUGAGCCUGGUGAAGAGAGGGGAGGUGGAGGAGGAUGAGGGAGGGUUGGGGGUUAGGACCGGGGUGCUUCUCUGGGCCAACACAAGAAGCCGAACCCUAGCUUGCAAUUUUAUUGACCUCUAGUGGCCAAUCCAAUACCUACAGUUCCUGAGGGCGUUAAUGAAUGUAGGCUUACUACAGUGAUGAAUGUGUUAUCAUCCCUAUUCAAAAGCAGCAUUCUGAUUUUAUAUAUAGAUAUAUAUAUAUUCAAAAGCAGCAUUUAAAUAUAGAUAUCUGUACAAAUGUGUAUUUCUUGUCCACUCUGUUGCUAACUACUGUUUCUCGGUCAGGAGCCCAUCUGGUCUGGGAGGAGAUGGUCAGUGCGUGUUGGUGUGGUCUACUGGCUGCCCUCUCACUCCUAUUGGACGCCAGGUAACAACACUUCUUAUAGAUCACCUCAAGGUCAAUAUAAACGCAACAUUCAAUAAUCUCAAAGAUUUUACUGAGUUCGUAUAAAUUAGGCCCUAAUCUAUGGAUUUCACAUGACUUGGAAUACAGAUAUGCAUCUGUUGGUCACAGAUACCUUAAAGAAAAAGGUUGGGGUGUGGAUCAGAAAACCAGUCAGUAUCUGGUGUGACCACCUUUUGCCUCAUGCAGCGCGACACAUCUCCUUCGCAUAAAGUUGAUCAGGUUGUUGAUUGUGGCAUGCAGAAUAUUGUUCCACUCCUCUUAAAUGGCUGUGCGAAGUUGCUGGAUUUUGGCGGGAACUGGAACACGCUGUCGUACACGUCAAUCCAGAUCAUCCCAAACAUGCUCAAUGGAUGGCAUGUCUGGUGAGUAUGCAGGACGUGGAAGAACUGGGACAUUUUCAGCUUCCAGGAAUUGUGUACAGAUCCUUGCGACAUGGGGCUGUGCAUUAUCAUGCUGAAACAUGAGGUGAUGGCGGCGGAUGAAUGGCACAACAAUGGACCUCAGGAUCUCGUCACGGUAGCUCUGUAUAUUAAAAUUGCCAUAGAUAAAAUGCAAUUGUGUUCGUUGUCAGUAGCUUAUGCCUGCCCAUACCAUAACCCCACCGCCACCAUGGGGCACUCUGUUCACAAAGUUUGACAUCAGCAAACCGCUCACCCAUACGAUGCCAUACAUGCUGUCUGCCAUCUGCCCGGUACAGUUGAAACCGGGAUUCAUCCAUGAAGAGCACACUUCUCCAGCGUGCCAGUGGCCAUCGAAAGUGAUCAUAUCAUUUUCCCACUGAAGUCAGUUACGACGCCAAACUGCAGUCAGGUUAAGACCCUGAUGAGUACAACAAGCACGCACAUGAACUUCCCUGAUGCGGUUUCUGACAGUUUGUGCAGACAUUUUUUGGUUGUGCAAAUUCAGUUUCGUCAGCUAUCCGGGUGACUGGUCUCAGACGAUCCUGCAGGUGAAGAAGCCAGAUGUGGAGGUCCUGGGCUGUUGUGGUUACACGUGGUCUGCGGUUGUGAGACCGGUUGGCCGUACUGCCAAAUUCUCUAAAACGACAUUGGAGGCAGCUUAUGGUAGAUAAAUUAACAUUCAAUUCUCUGGCAACAGCUCUGGUGGACAUUCCUUCAGUCAGCAUGCCAAUUGGGCGCUCCCUCAAAACUUGAGACUUCUGUGGCAUUGUGUUGUGUGACAAUACUGCACAUUUUAGUGGCCUUUUAUUGUCCCCAGCACAAGGUGUACCUGUGUAAUUAUCAUGCUGUUUAAUCAGCUUCUUGAUAUGCCACACCUGUCAGGUGGAUGGAUUAUCUUGGGAAAGUAGAAAUGCUCACUAACAGGGAUGUAAACAAAUGUGUCUACAAUUUGAGAGAAAUAAGCUUUUUGUGCGUAUGGAACAUUUCUGGGAUCUUGUAUUUCAGCUCAUGAAACAUGGGACCAACACUUUACAUUUUGCGUUUAUAUUUUUGUUCAGUAUAGUAUCCCCUCAAAGUAACUUGAAAGUGUGAUGGGUGAAACUCAAGGUCAGUGUUAAGUUCAGGAGAAACCGAAGUUCUUGAAACUACUGCGCCCAGCAACUAUGGUCGUGGACCAUAGGUUGUUGUGUAACGUGUCCGCCGAUGAAAUGGUCUUCUGAGACUUUUUUUCACAAGUCAAAACGUUGCGGCAGUUAAGCAUUCCUCAGUGUUUGUUACAAACCCAUAACCCUCUGUGUGUCUCGUCCCCCUCCAGUACUGAUGAGACGGCGACAGAGAGCAUCCUAAAGGCGGAGCUGACCAUGGCGUCUCUGUGUGGUCGUCUGGGCCUGGUCACGCCCCGCGACGCCUUCAUCACAGCCAUCUGCAAGGCCUCAUUGCCCCCACACUAUGCCCUGACAGUCCUCAGCAGUAAUGCAGCCAACCUCAACAACAAGGGUCAGUACCCUGUGGGUGUGUGAGAGAGGGUGUUUGUGUGUGUUCAUAGCUGUCUUCACUCAUGGCUUUGUUACAUAUAGUAGGGUAUCAGCUCUGGUAUAAUAAACCUACGUGCUUCUGAGGAACUUGAUAAGCCAGUAGUUAGUAGUUUAUGUGUACACUUAAUUAGCUUUUCACCCCAAGUCUCUCUGUGUAUACUACCUGUCAAACGAUUUAGAACACCUACUCAUUCCAGGGUUUUUCUUUAUUUUGACUAUUUUCUACAUUGUAGAAUAAUAGUGAAGACAUCAAAACUAUGAAAUAACACAUAUGGAAUCAUGUAGUAACCAAAAAAGCGUUAGAAACAAACCAUAUAUAUUUUAUAUUGUUAAAAUAGCCACCCUUUGCCUUGUUGACAGCUUUGCACACUCUUGGCAUUCUCUCAACCAACUUCACCUGGAAUGCUUUUCCAACAGUCUUGAAGGAGUUCCCACAUAUGCUGAGCACUUGUUGUCUGCUUUUCCUUCACUCUGCGGUCUGACUCAUCCCAAACCAUCUCAAUUUGGUUGAGGUCGGGGGAUUGUGGAGGCCAGGCCAUCUGAUGCAGCACUUCAUCACCCUCCUUCUUGGUCAAAUAGCCCUUACAUAGCCUGGAGGUGUGAGGGGGUCAUUGUCCUGUUGAAAAACAAAUGAUAGUCCCACUAAUCCCAAACCAGACGGGAUGGCGUAUCGCUGCAGUUUUCUGUGGUAGCCAUGCUGGUUAAGUGUGCCUUGAAUUCUAAAGAAAUCACAGACAGUGUCACCAGCAAAGCACCCCCACACCAUAACACCUCCUCCAUGCUUUACGGGGGGGAAAACACAUGCAGAGAUCAUCCAUUCACCCACACCAUCUCCAAUUUGGACUCCAGACCAAAGGACAAAUUUCCACCGUUCAAAUGUCCAUUGCUCGUGUUUCUUGGCCCAAGCAAUUCUCUUCUUCUAAUUGGUGUCCUUUAGUAGUGGUUUCUUUGCAGCAAUUCGACCAUGAAGGCCUGAUUCACACAGUCUCCUCUAAACAGUUGAUGUUGAGAUGUCUGUUACUUGAACUCUGUGACGCAUUUAUUUGGGCUGCAAUUUCUGAGGCUGGUAACUCUAAUGAACAUGUCCUCUGCAGCAGAGGUAAAACUGGGUCUUCCAUUCCUGUGGCGGUCCUCAUGAGAGCCAGUUUCAUCAUAGCGCUUGAUGGUUUUUGCGACUGCACUUGAAGAAACAUUCAAAGUUCUUGAAAUGUUCUGUAUUGACUGACCUUCAUGUCUUAAAGUAAUGAUGGUCUGUCGUUUCUGUUUGCUUAUUUGAGCUGUUCUUGCCAUAAUAUGGACUUGGUCUUUUACCAAAUAGGGAUAUCUUCUGUAUACCCCCCUCCCCCCAACUUGUCACAACACAACUGAUUUGCUAAAAACGCAUUAAGAAGGAAAGAAAUUCCACAAAUUAACUUUUAAGAAGGCACACCUGUUAAUUGAAAUGCAUUCCAGGUGACUACCUCAUGAAGCUGGUUGAGAGAAUGCCAAGAAUGUGCAAAGCUGUCAUAAAGGCAAAGUGUGGCUAUUUGAAGAAUCUCAAAUAUAAAAUAUAUUUUGAUUUGUUUAACACUUUUUUGGUUACUACAUGAUUCCAUAUGUGUUAUUUCAUAGUUUUGAUGUCUUCACUAUUAUUCUACAAUGUAGAAAAUAGUCAAAAUAAAGAAAAACCCUGGAAUGAGUAAGUGUUCUAAAACUUUUGACCGGUAGUGUAUAUGUGUGAGAGUGUGAAACUCUAGAGCAGGGAUCAUCAACUAGAUUCAGCCACGGGACAUUUUUAAUUUUUUUCUUGAGCGGGUGGUCGGGGGGCCAGAACAUAAUUCGUAGAUGUCAAAUUGACCGCAAGAAUCCCAAACAGAUACAAUAUUAGACUAAAACAUAAUUUCAAAACGUAUUUACAUUUGUAUACAAUCAUGUCUCUCUAUUAUGCAUGGCAAUACUUGGGAACAGAUUUCCAAAAUUAAAAUAACUUGUAGCUGAUUUCCUAUUGUUUUUACACUUUUAUGUCCAACAAUUAAAAUUCCCCUAUAUAUAUAUAUAUAUAUAUAUAUAUAUAUAUAUAUAUAUAUAUAUAUAUAUAUAUAUAUAUAUAUAUAUAAACCACCCGGGGGCCGCCAGUUGGAGAACCCUGCUCUCGAGCCCUGACUAUGCGUGAUCUCCAUACUAACAACUGUGAUACUCCACAUACAGUGGGGAGAACAAGUAUUUGAUACACUGCUGAUUUUGCAGGUUUUCCUACUUACAAAGCAUGUAGAGGUCUGUAAUUUUUUAUCAUAGGUACACUUCAACUGUGAGAGACAGAAUCUAAAACAAAAAUCCAGAAAAUCACAUUGUAUGAUUUUUAAGUAAUUCAUUUGCAUUUUAUUGCAUGACAUAAGUAUUUGAUACAUCAGAAAAGCAGAACUUAAUAUUUGGUACAGAAACCUUUGUUUGCAAUUACAGAGAUCAUACGUUUCCUGUAGGUCUUGACCAGGUUUGCACACACUACAGCAGGGAUUUUGGCCCACUCCUCAAUACAGACCUUCUCCAGAUCCUUCAGGUUUCGGGGCUGUCGCUGGGCAGUACAGACUUUCAGCUCCCUCCAAAGAUUUUCUAUUGGGUUCAGGUCUGGAGACUGGCUAGGCCACUCCAGGACCUUGAGAUGCUUCUUACAGAGCCACUCCUUAGUUGCCCUGGCUGUGUGUUUCAGGUCGUUGUCAUGCUGGAAGACCCAGCCACGACCCAUCUUCAAUGCUCUUACUGAGGGAAGGAGGUUGUUGGCCAAGAUCUCGCGAUACAUGGCCCCUUCCAUCCUCCCCUCAAUACGGUGCAGUCGUCCUGUCCCCUUUGCAGAAAAGCAUCCCCAAAUAAUGAUUUUUCCACCUCCAUGCUUCACUGUUGGGAUGGUGUUCUUGGGGUUGUACUCAUCCUUCUUCUUCCUCCAAACACGGCGAGUGGAGUUUAGACCAAAAAGCUCUAUUUUUGUCUCAUCAGACCACAUUACCUUCUCCCAUUCCUCCUCUGGAUCAUCCAGAUGGUCAUUGGCAAACUUCAGACGGGCCUGGACAUGCGCUGGCUUGAGCAGGGGGACCUUGCGUGCGCUGCAGGAUUUUAAUCCAUGACGGCGUAGUGUGUUACUAAUGGUUUCCUUUGAGACUGUGGUCCCAGCUCUCUUCAGGUGAUUGACCAGGUCCUGCCGUGUAGUUCUGGGCUGAUCCCUCACCUUCCUCAUGAUCAUUGAUGCCCCACGAGGUGAGACCGAGGGUGAUUGACCGUCAUCUUGAACUUCUUCCAUUUUCUAAUAAUUGCGCCAACAGUUGUUGCCUUCUCACCAAGCUGCUUGCCUAUUGUCCUGUAGCCCAUCCCAGCCUUGUGCAGGUCUACAAUUUUAACCCUGAUGUCCUUACACAGCGCUCUGGUCUUGGCCAUUGUGGAGAGGUUGGAGUCUGUUUGAUUGAGUGUGUGGACAGGUGUCUUUUAUACAGGUAACGAGUUCAAACAGGUACAGUUAAUACAGGUAAUGAGUGGAGAACAGGAGGGCUUCUUUAAGAAAAACUAACAGGUCUGUGAGAGACGGAAUUCUUACUGGUUGGUAGGUGAUCAAAUACUUAUGUCAUGCAAUAAAAUGCAAAUUAAUUACUUAAAAAUCAUACAAUGUAAUUUUCUGGAUUUUUGUUUUAGAUUCCGUCUCUCACAGUUGAAGUGUACCUAUGAUAAAAAUUACAGACCUCUACAUGCUUUGUAAGUAGGAAAACCUGCAAAAUCUGCAGUGUAUCAAAUACUUGUUCUCCCCACUGUAUGUCAUUAAUCCUGGCUGUGCCUCAACUGUUUCCCUGUUCCCUCUAAUUAGUAUCACCAAGAUUAAUGUGUCAGGGGGGUAUGUACAGUCACAAACAUGCUCUCUCUCACACACACACACUAUUUGCAUAUUUGCUGUGAGAGAUAAAGCUUGCAAAUUGGCUUCAGCAGGAUGGGUUUUUGCCUUAGGAGUUAAUUAAUCAAGUCUCUUGCAUGUAGCUGGCUUGUCUCUGUCACUCAGUCUAGUAUAUGCAGGGGCGCAACUUUGGUUUAAAAAGUGAGGGGGACAUUUUUUUUUAUAUUAAUGUUUUUUAAAAUCCAGUUGGAUAAACACUCCAAACAGCCUACCCGACCGUUCGGAGGCAUCCGCAUGGUCCUAAAGCACACCGUUGUCUUGUUUUGUCACAUUCCAAUGAUAAAACUGGGGGGGACAAAAAUGCAAUUUCAGAUGUCCCCCCCCCCCCCAUCCCCAGUGUAAGUUGCGCCCCUGAGUAUAUGAAUGGAAAUUACUGUCAUUGUUAUUAUCAGGGGUGUCUUUCUGAGCUACAUUGUGAGGAUAAAAAAAAAGACUAAUGGACUAAGGAGUAAAUAUAUUGAUUGACCUCCAAAUGAUUUGGACCUUGUGAUCAUUGCUUUCGUUGAGGACUCUAAUUAAAUGUGUGUGUGUUUUCCUGUUCUCCUCAGCCUACUCUAUCCAGGGCCAGAGUGUGCAGAUCAUCAGUCCCUCCAGUGAGUCUCAUCAGCAGGUGGUGGCUGUGGGACAGCCUCUCACUGUACAGCCCCAAGGCACUGUGGUGGUAAGGGACCUCUACACAACAUUACUACAACAACACAACAAGAGGGCACGUUAGAUGUUCACAUAUACAGUAGAGACAGUAGUGUGAUAUAACAGUGUCUCUCUCUCUCUCUCUCUCUCUCUCUCUCAGCUGACAGCUAAGAAUAUCCAGUGUAUGCGGACCCUGUUGAACCUGGCCCACUGCCACGGGGCAGUGCUGGGCACCUCUUGGCAGCUGGUGCUGGCCACGCUGCAGGUACAGUACCACCAUACUGUACCCACCACACACACGCACUGGCACAGCUCUACAGCAUAUUAUAGCCAAACUGGGAUUUCCUGUCUUUUUCGUCUAUUGACAAGGCUAAAUAUUUCAAUUAAAACAUUUUUAUUUUUUGUAUUAUAUAGUGGAAGUGGUCUAAGUGAAUCACUCUCUCUCUCUCUCUGACUUUUCUCACCACCUUCUCUGCCCUUCCUGUUCUCCAUCCAUCUCUCCCUUCCCUCUCCUCCCCCAGCACCUGGUGUGGAUCCUAGGCCUGAAGCCUGGGGUUGGAGGUGCUCUGAAGCCUGGUCGUGCAGUAGAGGGGCCCAGCACGGUAAGAUUCUAUCUCCCUGCCUUACGCAGUCACACUGUAAUGAGUUUAAUUCUCUGCAUCAAUUAGCAACAACUCCCAUAGGGUUUCAUUGGCUAUUCGCUACUCCUCUUCAGCCUUUAAAGCUAAACACACCAAACGUCAACCUAAGGUUUACAUUGCUCUGCUGGAUCGUACAGAUGAACCACAGCCCACCAGCUUCACCUUUCAGCUAUCUGACUCCCCCAUGUUGUCUGUGUGUUACAGGUGCUGACCACGGCUGUGAUGACGGACCUGCCUUUCAUCUCCAACAUCCUGUCGAGACUCUUUGAGAGCUCCCAGUACCUAGAUGAUGUGUCACUGCAUCACCUGAUCAACGCACUGUGCUCCCUCUCUCUGGAGGCUAUGGAGAUGGCCUAUGGGACUAACAAGGUAAUUACUACACAUACAUUUACAUUUUUACAUUUUAGUCAUUUAGCAGACGCUCUUAUCCAGAGCGACUUACAGUUAGUGAGUGCAUAAAUGUUUCAUACUGGCCCCCGUGGGAAUCGAACCCACAACCCUGCCGUUGCAAAUGCCAUACUCUACCAACUGAGCUACACAUGCACUUCAUUAUUGUAGAUGUAACCAGAGCGACAACGUAUGACCUCUCUAUCUUCUGUAUGAGCCUUGUGUUACUUAAUGUGUAUUAGAAACCGGGUAGUUUGGGUCCUGGAUUUUGAUUGGCUGGAAGCUGUGGUAUGUUUAAGCAACAAUGCACGAGGGGAUGUGGUAUACGGCCAAUAUACCACGGCUAAGGGCUGUUCUUAUGCAUGAUGCAACGGGGAGUGCCUGGUUAUAGCCCUUAGCCGUGGUAUAUUGGCCAUAUACCACAAACCCCCAGACAUUAUAAACUGGGUGGUUCGAGCCCUGAUUGCUGAUUGGCUGACAGCCGUGGUAUAUCAGACUCAUAUACCACGGGUAUGACAAAACAUUUAUUUGUACUGCUCUAAUUACGUUGGUAACCAGUUUAUAAUAGCAGUAAGGCACCUCAGGGGUUUGUGAUAUAUGGCCAAUAUACCACGGCUAAGGGCUGUAUCCAUGCUCCAUGCUGUAUCUAUCCUCUAUAACAUCCGUAGAGUGCAACCUUACCUCACACAGGAAGCGGUGCAGGUUCUAACCCAGGCACUUGUCAUCUCCCGUCUGGCUACUGCAACUCGCUGUUGGCUGGGCUCCCUGCUUGUGCAAUCAAACCCCUGCAGUUUAUCCAGAACGCAACACCUGGUGUUCAAGCUUCCAAAGUUCUCCCAUGUCACCUCACUCCUCCACACACUCCACUCGCUUCCAGUCGAAGCUCGCAUCCACUACAAGACCAUGGUACUUGUCUACGGAGGCUAUGUCCAAACCCUACACGCCACCUCUGGUCUCUUGGCCCUCCCACCCCUACAGAAGGACAGUCCCGCUCAGCCCAGUCCAAGCUCUUCUCUGUCCUGGCACCCCAAUGGUGGAACCAGCUUCCACCUGAAGCUAGGACAGCAGAGUCCCUGCCCAUCUUCCCGAAAACAUCUGAAAGCCUAUCUCCUCUUCAAAGAGUAUCUUAAAUAAUCCCACAAACCCCCCUCGCACCCCCACCCCCCCGCUGACUUUGCUGAUAGCUACUUCACUGAGGAUUUUACUUACUAUGAAUGUGAUAUGAGGUUGUCCCACCUAGCCAUCUUAAGAUGAAUACACAAACUCUAAGUUGCUCUAGAUAAGAGGGUCUGCUAAAUGACUAAAAUGUAAAUGUAUCCAGGCACUCCACGUUGCGUCGUGCGUAAGAACAGCCAUUAGCCAUGGUACAGUGGGGGGAAAAAAGUAUUUAGUCAGACACCAAUUGUGCAAGUUCUCCCACUUAAAAAGAUGAGAGAGGCCUGUAAUUUUCAUCAUAGGUACACGUCAACUAUGACAGACAAAAUGAGAAAAAAAACUCCAGAAAAUCACAUUGUAGGAUUUUUAAUGAAUUUAUUUGCAAAUUAUGGUGGAAAAUAAGUAUUUAGUCAAUAACAAAAGUUUCUCAAUACUUUGUUAUAUACCCUUUGUUGGCAAUGACACAGGUCAAACGUUUUCUGUAAGUCUUCACAAGGUUUUCCCACACUGUUGCUGGUAUUUUGGCCCAUUCCUCCAUGCAGAUCUCCUCUAGAGCAGUGAUGUUUUGGGGCUGUCGCUGGGCAACACGGACUUUCAACUCCCUCCAAAGAUUUUCUAUGGGGUUGAGAUCUGGAGACUAGCUUGGCCACUCAAGGACCUUGAAAUGCUUCUUACGAAGCCACUCCUUCGUUGCCCGGGCGGUGUGUUUGGAAUCAUUGUCAUGCUGAAAGACCCAGCCACGUUUCAUCUUCAAUGCCCUUGCUGAUGGAAGGAGGUUUUCACUCAAAAUCUCACGAUACAUGGCCCCAUUCAUUCUUUCCUUUACACGGAUCAGUCGUCCUGGUCCCUUUGCAGAAAAACAGCCCCAAAGCAUGAUGUUUCCACCCCCAUGCUUCACAGUAGGUAUGGUGUUCUUUGGAUGCAACUCAGCAUUGUUUGUCCUCCAAACACGACGAGUUGAGUUUUUACCAAAAAGUUCUAUUUUGGUUUCAUCUGACCAUAUGACAUUCUCCCAAUCCUCUUCUGGAUCAUCCAAAUGCACUCUAGCAAACUUCAGACGGGCCUGGACAUGUACUGGCUUAAGCAGGGGGACACGUCUGGCACUGCAGGAUUUGAGUCCCUGGCGGCGUAGUGCGUUACUGAUGGUAGGCUUUGUUACUUUGGUCCCAGCUCUCUGCAGGUCAUUCACUAGGUCCCCCCGUGUGGUUCUGGGAUUUUUGCUCACCGUUCUUGUGAUCAUUUUGACCCCACGGGGUGAGAUCUUGCGUGGAGCCCCAGAUCGAGGGAGAUUAUCAGUAGUCUUGUAUGUCUUCCAUUUCCUAAUAAUUGCUCCCACAGUUGAUUUCUUCAAACCAAGCUGCUUACCUAUUGCAGAUUCAGUCUUCCCAGCCUGAUGCAGGUCUACAAUUUUGUUUCUGGUGUCCUUUGACAGCUCUUUGGUCUUGGCCAUAGUGGAGUUUGGAGUGUGACUGUUUGAGGUUGUGGACAGGUGUCUUUUAUACUGAUAACAAGUUCAAACAGGUGCCAUUAAUACAGGUAACGAGUGGAGGACAGAGGAGCCUCUUAAAGAAGAAGUUACAGGUCUGUGAGAGCCAGAAAUCUUGCUUGUUUGUAGGUGACCAAAUACUUAUUUUCCACCAUAAUUUGCAAAUAAAUUCAUAAAAAAUCCUACAAUGUGAUUUUCUGGAUUUUUUCCCCUCAUUUUGUCUGUCAUAGUUGACGUGUACCUAUGAUGAAAAUUACAGGCCUCUUUCAUCUUUUUUAAGUGGGAGAACUUGCACAAUUUGUGGCUGACUAAAUACUUUUUUGGCCAUAUACCAUACCUCCUCGGGCCUUAUUGCUUAAUACCUAUAUCCUCCAAACGAAUCACUCCUAUGUUCUGUUCUCGUCCUGUGUCAAGGAGCCGUCUCUGUUUGCGGUGGCCAAGCUGCUGGAGACUGGCCUGGUCAACAUGGACCGUAUAGAGAUCCUGUGGAGGCCCCUCACUGGACAUCUGCUGGAGGUAUGUCUUAUAGUCAACAUUAUAGUCUACUUUAGACCUUGUAAUGGAAGAAGAGGGUAGUGAAGUGGUAGACUGUGUGCAAGUCUGUUUCUGUUCUCUUGCCAACUCCUUCUGGAAUUGUCAUGCCUUGACAAUGGCAGCAAUGGAGUUGCUGCUAGUAAAAGAGCACAAACGGAUCUGGGGCCAGGUUAGUGAAGUGGGUUUUUUGGAUAUGCUGUAGCAUGUAGCUGUAUGUCCUUUGGUACAUACUUUUCAAGCCCUCUCAUAUCAUGGUAGGGACUCUCCCAUUUCUAAUGCUAUUUAGUCAUAGUGAUAUAGCUUUACAAAUGCGGUCAAAUAUAUUGCCACCCUUACACGAUUCCCUGUUUCUUCAAAAAAUAAGUUAAAAUUGAAAACACUUUGUGUUCACAUGUGUAUUUGUUUGAUUUUCAACUGCACAAAUAAGAAGAAAAAUAUAUAAACUGCAAAUGCGAUUUUUCAAAGUCAAAAAAGGCCUGGACUAAAUGAUUUACUGUGCCACUGGAUGAAUUUAACAUUUUGAUGGGAGACUCUGUUACAGAGGAGUGGAUCAUGUUGUUGUAUGUUUUAAUUCUGUAAUGUAUUGAUUGUUGCUGCCUUCUUGGCCAGGUCUCCCUUGAAAAAGAGACUCUGGGUCUCAAUGGGCUUUUCCUGGUUAAAUAAAAUAAAAAUAAAUGUGAAUUAAUUUCGUUGGAGAUAAGUGAUUCUCGUUUAUGUGUAAUUUACCUCACCUGUGGUAAGUUGCAGGGUAAAAAUAGCGAUUCAACCAGUUUUGAAAAGAGAAAACAGAGCAUUCUGCUUCAUUGCGUUGUAAAUGAGAACUUGUUCUCACCUGGCUUACCUGAUUAAAUAAAGGUGAAAUAAAUUUAAAAAAUAAUAAUAAUAUUGCACUCCAUUGUGAAGUGCAAGGGUGCCAAUAUAUUUGACUGUAUCGGUUCUGUGUGUAUGGGUGUGUGUUUGUCUGAAACAAACGGUUCUCUUUAAGUUGUCUUUUCUCUAUCUCCCUCUCUUUUGCAACCCAUGUCUGUUUUGCAGAAGGUAAGCUCGGAAACUUCUCCUCCCAAUCAUUUGCUUUCUCUCUCUUUCUCUUUCAUUCCGUCUGUCUCCGCCUGGCAUCAAGGUGUUGGAGCUGAGAGUGUGCAGCUUGCAACAGAUUUAUGUUUGCUUCGCUGUUAUGUUUGAUCAAAAUGUCCUCGCACACAUGAGUUGCAUUUUUGGAACUCUUGUGUUUGUUUGUAUGCAUACUAUACAGAUAUGGAGGACUAAAAGUGCCACAAUUAAAUAAAUAAAUACACCAUUAAAUAAUUACUUAAAUGUGUCAUUAAUUAAUUAAAAUUAGAAUUAAAUACAUAAAUGUGUUAUUAAAUGUGUCAUUAAUUAAUUCAAAUACCGAUUCAUUUUAUGUAAAAUACAUAUAUAAUAAUUUCACUAUUUACAUUUACAUUUCAUGGUCCUGCGUUGGAGUGCUUCCUGAAUUACUUAAAACUGUCAAACUGACCCAUCAAAAGUUGGUAGGCGGAACCUAACGCCUGAUUGGUUACCCUCUGCAUCAAGCCAAGACAAAUCAAUUCCGGAUAAUGUCAGCAGGUCCUGCUUCUACAUCCUCUGCUAAGUUUAAAAUGUCUCUAACCAACUCCCUGGAAAGUUCACGGAGAUCCUCCAUUGUCUCUAUCCAGGUUGGCCUACUCUACUUCAGACCAAAGCAAUGGAUCAGACUAGAUUCGCGUUAGCCCCGCCCACUGACUUUGAUGGGUCAGUUUGACAGUUUUAAGUAAUUCAUGAAUCACUGCAAUGCAGGAUCAUGAAAUGUAAAUGUAAAUAGUGAAAUAAUUAUAUAUGUAUUUUACAUAAAAUGAAUCGGUAUUUGAAUUAAUUAAUGAUACAUUUAAUUACACAUUUAUGUAUUUAAUUCUAAUUUGAAUUAAUUAAUGACACAUUUAAGUAAUUAUUUAAUGGUGUAUUUAUUUAUUUAAUUGUGGCACUUUUAGUCCUCCAUAUACAGAUACCUGCACAUUUAAUGCAUCUUACCUUAUCAGCUCUCAUGAUAUGCCAGCCUUUCUAGGCAAGUCACACACUUGUUUCACGUUGGCCAACAAGUAGACAACACAGACACUUGUGGGCUGUAAAGGAUGAUGCCAAUAUGGCAUCUCACUCACUGUUGGUGUAGCUAACAGCCCAGGGGAAUAGUGAAAUGUGCAGCAAUGCAAAGCAACGAAAGCUAGCUGAUUUUACCAGAGCUUUCAUGGUUAUGUGUCUGUCAAAUGGAAUUACCUUAAUUUCAAUGUUGGGCGAACAGAAAAUCACAGGCAUACAGUCUCUGUUUUAACCUGCUGUGAAAAACAGGUGGACAUACUGUUUGAACAGCCCCUGACUCAGAUCCCUUGCUCUCUCUCUAUCAAUAUCGCUCUCUUUCAUUCUCUCUUUUCUCUCUCCCAUCCCUUCCUCUCUCCCGCUUUCUCCCCCCUCCCCACGCUCUCUUUCCCCCCCUCCCUCUGCAAUGCCUGUGUGUGUGUACUGUGUGAUGUGUCUGAUCUCUCUCUCUCUCUCUCUCUCUCUCUCUCUCUCUCUCCGUGCUCCUGUGUGUGUGUGUACCCUACCCUAUGAUGUUAUCUGCUGCAGGUCUGCCAGCAUCACAACGCCAGGAUGAGAGAGUGGGGGGCUGAGGCUGUUACCGCCCUCAUCAAAGCUGGCCUGGCCUACAAGCACAAUCCCCCUUUAGCACAGAACCAGGUACUACUACUACCCCAUCUCUCUCAUCUUCACCCAGUCACAUAGUAACCCAAAUACAGGGACUACUGUAACCUAUUCUAUCUAGAAGUCGGAUGACUGUUACAAUGCAAUGGAAGGUGAUAAGAUGACUUGCUAUUAGCCAGCUUCACCAUGCCAACCCACCAACACAUAGUUGACAUUAUAUAUCUUAAGGCAGUGGUUUGUAUGCUUGUCGUUGUUUAUGUAUUAUAACCACUCCCUAUCCUCUCCCUCUGUCCCUUUCUUUCCCGCUCUCUCUCUCUCUCUCUCUCUCUCUGUCUCUCUGUCUCUCUGUCCCUCUGACAGAGGCUGCAGCUCCUGCUGUUGAACCCUUUGAAGGAGCUGUCCAACGUGCUCCAUGCAGACAUCCGUCAGAAGCAGCUUGAGAGCGUGCUGCAGAUCCUCCAGAGCCAGGGGGACAGUCUGGGGCCCGGCUGGCCCUUAGUGCUGGGGGUCAUAGGGGCCAUCCGCAACAACCAGGGGUGAGAGAGAGGAGGGAGAGGGGGAGUGACAGGGGGAUGGAUGAAGCAGAGGGAAAAGCUCCUUGAUAUUUUAAAGCUGAGAUGAAACCCUUUUUAAAACCUAUUUCAGCUUAACAUGCUGUAUUUCCUCUGUUGUCUAGUAGUUGGCUAGUCUCUCUGUGUUUGUGUAGGAGUCUGACAAGUGUCUGUCUAUCCCCUGUCGCCUAGAGAGUCGUUGAUCCGAACAGCCUUCCAGUGCCUGCAGUUGGUGGUGACUGACUUCCUCCCCACCAUGCCUUGCACGUGCCUCCAGAUCGUGGUGGAUGUAGCCGGCAGCUUCGGCCUCCAGAACCAGGAGCUCAACAUCAGCCUCACCUCCAUAGGACUCCUGGUACAACUGCAGCGUAUUGCAUAUUGUUUUAUAUUCUAUAUUGUAUUGAGUUUUUACUUCAUUCUAGUUCAUAUUGCUGCUGCGGUUAUACAAAGCUUAUAAUUGCUGUUGCGUCCCCCCAAAUCGUUACCUUUCUAGUAUUUCAACAUGAUCUUUGAAAGUGACAGUCUGUACUAGUGAUUUAAUCAACCUCUCUCUCUCCCUGUUUUCCCCAAAAGUGGAACAUCUCAGACUACUUCUUCCAGAGGGGCGAGGCCAUCACCCAGGAGCUAGAGAGGGAGGAGGCAGCGUUGCAGAAGCAGGCCCAUGAGAAGGGUGAGCCCCUGAACAGGCCCUUCCACCCGGCCCCUCCCUUCGACUGCCUGUGGCUGUGUCUGUACGCCAAGCUGGGCCAGCUGUGUGUGGAUCCCCGGCCUGCCGUGAGGAAGAGCGCUGGUCAGACCAUGUUCUCCACCAUCGCUGCCCACGGCACCCUGCUGCAGCAGCCCACAUGGCACAUCGUCGCCUGGAAGGUAUUCCGUUCAGUCAAUUACAAUAAUCAUAGAGAAAGUUAGUCCUGAAUAAUGCAUGUCUCUGGCUGUAGACUCCUAUGAUGUACCGAAAGGUAAUCAAAUGUUCAGUCACUGGGCCUCGUCUAUCAUGGAAUUGUACUUUUGGGAUCUAUCAAUUGAAUGAUCAUACGUGAUCAAGUGCUGAAGCUAAUACUUUAUACCCAGUAUGCUUGUAACAACCUUAUUUGUAAUCUGCCCUCUUGCGGUCCAUAUUGACUACAUUUAUGUCUGUGUAAAACCAGGUACUGUUCCACCUGCUAGACUGUGUGAGGAAGUCUUCCUCCACGGCCGAUAAGGAGAAGAUUGAGUCAGGGGGCGGGAACAUCCUCAUCCACCACUCACGGGACACGGCUGAGAAACAGUGGGCGGAGACCUGGGUGCUGACGCUGGCAGGGGUAGCUCGUAUCUUCAACACCAGGAGAUACCUGCUGCAGCAGCUAGGUGUGUGUGUGUGCGUGCGUCUGCAUCAGUUGCCUGCUACUGUAGAUAGAUAUGAUCUCAUAAAGCCGUCAGUCUAGUUUCUAACUCAGUUGACAAUGGUAAAUAAUAAAGAUAUUGUGCUCUACGGAUGGUACUCCUACUCCUGUCAAUGCAUUUAUCCUGUCUCCACGCAUCUGCAAUACAAUACCUUUAAUACAAUACAAUCAAUAGAAUAACUUUAAUAAAUUAAGCCCAACAAUUACCUUCUUAUCUGAUUGUGUGUCCACUCCACAGGUGACUUCUUCAAGGCGUGGGAAGUGCUGCUGGACCACAUCCAGUCUGCUGCCCUCAGUAAGAACAGCGAGGUCUCCCUGGCCGCACUCAAGUCCUUCCAAGAGAUCCUCCAGAUUGGCACACCUGUCAAGGACUCCGCCAUGCCCACCGAGGCCCUCGCCCUGGCCGUCAUGGGCGUCCCCCCUGUCCUCAUCGACCCCCUCAGCGCCUCGGGCCCCGGCAGACCCCUGCUGCGCUCCGACUCGAUGCUUGAGAGGCUGACGCGCUACAAUGGAGCUGAACUCCAGGCCCCUCCCCCGGGGGAGGAGUCAGCGCUGGAGGACGCAGCUCUGUGGUGGUCAGCAUGGAACACUUGGUACCGGACGGGCACGGACAGCACGAGGCCCCCUAUUGGCGGGACGGGGACAGACAGACCCUCCUUCAUCCCCAGCCAGCCCUUUCUGACAGCGUUAGUCCAGAUCUUCCCUGCCCUCUACCAGCACAUUAAGACUGGCUUCAGCAUGGAGGACCUGAAGAAGCUGGGGGUGAUCCUCCAUGGGGCCGUGUCCAUACCGAUCAGCAGUGAUGCCUCGCCCUUCAUCCUACCCUCCUACACCGAGGCUGUUCUCACCAGCCUCCAGGAGGCUGUGCUUACAGCACUCGACGUGCUGCAGAAGGUGGGUGGGCUGCCACACCAGAUACAUAACUUUUUUAUAAAGGGUUGUUAUAUGAACAGCCAAAGGCAUUUUCCAGGAGCUGAAUUUAGCUAGUAGUCUGAUCCACACACUGUUCCAAGCUCCAAAAGGUCCCUUUUGAGUAGAUGUUUCCACUUCUUUGUCCUCUGUGUUAUAGAAACUAGCAUGGCAAUUUUGGAAAAUGUUAUUUUUCUCCUGCACUUAAUGUGCUAUUGAAGCUGAUGGAACAAUAUAUGAUUGGGAGUCAGUAGUGAGUGAGUUCACCUGGUUCUAGUGAAGUCAGUAGUGAGUAAGGUUCCUGUCUCUCCCUCUGCAGGCCAUCUGUGUGGGCCCAGAGAACCUGCAGGUCAUGUACCCGGCCAUAUUCGAACAGCUGCUCCUCUUUGUCGAGUUCUCCUGCAAACCCCCCCAGUACGGCAAGCUGGAAACCAAACAUGUGGCCAACGCUAAAUACAACCAGGUAACGAAUCACAAGCUCUCUCUGCCGUUGUCUUUCUCUAUCGCUUUGUGUGCAAGUUUGUCUUCCUCUCUCUUUCUCUCUCGUUGUCUAAAUAUCUCCGAUAUUUUCAUGAAUGGAAUGUUGUUGAAACGCCUGUCAUCCAUUUCUCUCCACACUUUCUGAACAUGGUCAUUCCCCCUCUCGUUCAUGAAGCUCCUCCCGUUGCUUUCGUCUGGUCCUCAUGUGCCCUGCCGUUCCCUAUUGUCCUAAUCACAUGACAUAUAGCUGGGUCUUUCAAACCGCAGCAGCAGCCCUAAACCAUCCCUCUUCUUUCUCUCUCAUUCACGCUAGCCCUUCAGGCUGGCAGCACGCUAGCCGCUAGGUUACUUUUUUCAGGUUUUUGGCAGGUCACAGACCAAGUUCAUGAUUCUUCCCUUUUCUCAGAAUGAAGGACAAAUUAGACCCUAUGAAGUCUACGUUUUUAUUGAUUCACUUAACUCGUACAACCCCUUUUUUUGUAGGCUAGUUGAUGAUACCGUCUUUGUUCACGCUAAGUUCAAAACAGAAGGGAAUCUUUAAAACGGGUAGGCAACUAGACUCAGCCGCGGGCCGAUAUUUUUUGUUUGGGGGGGGAUUAAAUCAGAAAUGGGGCAGGAACAUAAUUAUAAUAAUUUGUACAAUGCAAAUUGACCACAACGAAGCCCCAUUUCUGAUUUACUCUAUUUUUGCAUAUUUUUGAUACUGAAUGUUAUCAGAUGUUCAACCAAAACCUAAUAUUAGAUAAGGGAACCUGAGUUUACAAAUAAGGGAAAAAAAAGAUACUUAUUUAAUUUAUUUAAAUAACAAAGUUACGCAACACCCAAUUCCCCUGCAUGACCCAGCUGCGCUUCAGCUCACAGACGGCCUGACAUUCUCCUGUAGAAUUCUCUAAUGCAGAGCAAAACCAAAUACUGCUUUCCACAGUAACAACCUCAUACCAACUGUCAGGCGUGGUGGUAGUGUGAUGGUUUGGGAAUGCAUUUGCUGCCUCAGGACCUGGACGACUUGCCUUAAUAGAAGGAACCAUGAAUUCUGCUCUGUAUCAGAGAAUUCUACAGGAGAAUGUCAGGCCAUCCAUCUGUGAGCUGAAGCUGAAGCGCAGCUGCGUCAUGCGGCAAAACAAUGAUCCAAAACACACAAUCAAGUCUACAUAAAAAUGGCUAGAAAGCAACACAUUUUACAUUUUGGAAUGGCCUAGUCAAAGUCCAGACCUAAUCCCAAUUGAGAUGUUGUGGCAGGACUUGAAACGAGCAGUUCAUGCUUGAAAACCCACAAAUGUCGCUGAGUUACAGCAGUUCUGCAUGGACGAGUGGGCCAAAAUUCCUGAGAGACUAAUCAACAACUACAGGAAGCGUCUUUGCAUUUAAAAGUGGCACAACCAGUUAUUGAGUGUAAGGGGGCAAUUACUUUUUCACACAAGGGCAGUGGGUUUGCAUAACUUUGUUUAUGAAAUAAAUGAAAUAAGUAUGUAAUUGUUGUGUUAUUUGUUUACUCAGGUUCCCUUUAUCUAAUAUUAGGUUUUGGUUGAAGAUCUGAUAACAUUCAGUAUCACAAAUAUGCAAAAGUAGAGAAAAUUAGAAAGGGGGCAAAUACUUUUUCACAGCACUGUAUAUAUGUUAUUAUAUAUUUAUUUACUAAAAACUUUGGGGGGGGGGGCAAAAAAGAUUACUGGGCCGCCUGUUGCCGACCCCUGCUUUAAAAGAAAGCUAGGAUCUUACUCAGUGUUUUCCUAACUUUUGUGUAUUCUCACACUUACAAAAGAAUACUGUCAAAUCUGGUAUUUGGUUAAGAAUCUGGUGUACCAGCUCCUUUUCUAUAUUGAUGAGUGGUUUUGUUUUCAUGGUGGUGGUUGAAUCACCUAUGCUAAUUAACGCUACUCGCUCACUCUGAAGUAAAAUCUCCAAGUCUGUCUGUCAGUUGACCUGUCAGUUUUAUACUGUCUGUUGCUCAAUCAAACCAUUAACAAACAUGAUUGCCACUGUCAGUCAAUUGGUCAGUGGCAACAAGUUGGUAUAAGAACGCCAGGCACCAGCAAACAAGUUAAUUCCCAUCUUCUCAUUGUUCUGUUUUUGUGUCGUACUAUCGAUCUACUCACUGGAUCAACCUUUAGAUCCAACUGUUUGCUCCGGUGAGUUACCACCUCCCUCCUUCAGCCCCCUUUAGUACUCUUACUCAACUGUAUUCAGCUGUGUACUACUGCUCAAUGGUCCCAUCACUACUACAGUAGAUGAGGUCCUACCAUGCAGUGGGUGAAAAGCCUCAUCUACAUCACUCACUCCAUGUUACCUACCCCUCUUUGUUCUGUCUGCCACUAACAAGUGGUGAUGCCUCUAUCUGUCCCUACUACCUACCUGUCAAGUCCCAUCCUCAUAUCACUUAUCUUACUGACUGUGUUUGGGUGUCGUCCAUAUUUGUACAUGUAUUUCUAUUUCAAGUUUUAUGGUGCUUUGGUCCUCUUAGUAUUUACGCAGAGGGAUGUUUUCAACUUUAGGUAAUCCCUCUUUCUCUUUCUCACUCUCUCGUUCCUUCUCUCUCUUUCUCUACAGGCAGAAUGGGUUGCCUUAAACUACGUGCCCUUUGCCGAGAGGUCCCUGGAGGUGGUGGUGGACCUCUACCACAAAACAGCCUGUCACAAAGCUGUCAUCAACCAGAAAGUCCUACAGAACAUCAUCAAGGUACUGUCUCCAACAUUACCAUCAAGACAUAUUCAUUUGUUCAUAAGUGUUCAUGUAAAAGGAGUAGCUCGAAAACUGGAACUCCUAGUUCUGGUUGUGGAUCUACUCCCUAAUGUCUACACCAUUCUAAAUAUCUUAUCUCCCAUUGGAGUCUAUCAUCAUACUCCAGUGACUAGUGUUUCUGUCAUAAACGAGCUGCUCUUUGUCGUUGGAAACAACAUCCCUUCAUAAAGCUGUCAGGAGUUCCUCUAUUGUUUCCUGUGGGUCAAUGGCAUACCAAGUUCUUUCUCAUUGAGGCCUGAUAUAUGUGUGGGACCAUCUGACCGCUCUCUUCCAUUAUCUUCUUAUUAAAGCAAUUCCCAAAACUAGAAGAGCACUCUGCCAAGAACUCAUUACGAGUUUCCCUAUGGAUAUGUUCAAACCAACCCCAUCCUCCUCUCCCUCUCCUGAGAAAGGUCAUAACCAUAAAACCUUGUCUGUUUCUGUUCCGUUGCUUAUUUUUCCAUGUUUUUGAGACUAAAAGGCAUUAACGUCAAUGCCUCAACAGCUCCAGUUGUUUAGUUUAGAUGCGUCUGUGGUUGAUGAUACACCUGUAGGUCUCUGCGUCAUUACUGAGUCACACACAACACCAUCAGGAAUACUUUUUCCCCCUCAGUGUUCCUCUGAGUCUGUCAGUGUAAUUGUUCAACUGCAAUAGCAGAUCUGGCACCAGGCAUGUCCAUAUGUUGAAGACUCCCAUUGUGUUACCAUUAGCCCUCCCCCUCUUGUUACAGAGACUCUGAAUAUGCUACACAUUAUCUCAAUCACACUACAUCUAAAUAUUAACCCUAGUGAUCUUAAUUUCCCCUUUACCCUCUCUCUCCUUGGAUCCUGAGGAAAUAGCCUGGAAAUCGAGGCUAGGCGUUUGCUAAAGCACCAACAGACCUGGCAAGCAGGCUAGGCCCUACUUUGAAGACUCCCAUUGUGUUCUAACCCAGCUCUUUUUCUCCUUCCUCCAUAGACCCAGUGGUGUAAAGUACUUAAGUAAAAAUACUUUAAAGUAAUACUUAAGUCGUUUUUGGGGGUAUCUGUAUUUUACUGUACUAUUUAUAUAUUUGGCUACUUUUACUCCACUACAACAUUCCUAAAGAAAAUAAUGUACUUUUUACUCCUUACAUUUUCCUUGACACCCAAAAGUACUAGCUACAUUUUGAAUGCUUAGCAGGACAGGGAAAUUCUCUCAUUCACACACUUAUCAAGAGAACAUCCCUGGUCAUCCCUACUGCCUCUGAUCUGGCAGACUCACUAAACACAAAUGCUUCAUUUGUAAAUUAUGUCUGAGUGUUGAAGUGUGCCCCUGGCUAUUCGUAAAUUUUAAAAACAAGAAAAUCGUGCUGUCUGGUUUGCUUAAUAUAAGGAAUUUGAAAUAAUUCAUACUUUUACUUUUGAUACUUAAGUAUAUUUUAGCGAUUACAUUUACUUUUGAUACUUAAGUACAUUUAAAACCAAAUACUUUUAGACUUUUACUCAAGUAGUAUUUUACUGGGUGACUUUUACUUGAGUCCUUUUCUUUUAAGGUAUCUUCACUUUUACUCAAGUAUGACAAUUAGGUACUUUUUCCACCACUGCAUAGACCCUGCGGAUGCCCCUGGGCCUGAAGUAUGCAUGUCCGUCAGAGAGCACAUGGAAGCUGGCCGUUUCGUCCCUGCUCAAGGUGUUGUCCAUCGGACUGCCCGUGGCCCGCCAGCAUGCCUCCUCUGGAAUGUUUGAAACCAUGUGGCCAGAGCUGGCCAACGCCUUUGAAGACUUCCUCUUCACCAAAAGGUAGGUACCCCAUUUCUCAGGAAGUUCAUCAAAAAUAUCUGAGGCACUCCCUUUUACCUUUUAAAAAGCUUGUGUUGUAUUGGUAUUUUCUUAUUCAAAGAGUUUAGAGGUCUAGUAUGUAGCUCUCUGGGCAACUUGAGCAGAUUCACAUAGAAAUUAAUGUUAUAGAUCUGUUAUUCUCAUUGAAAGCAAGUCUGGUAAGAGGUAGAUUUGUUCUAUGUGCACUAUUUCUAUGCUUCCCAUUCUUAAGUUUUCGCUUCUGAGUCCUUUUAGUUUCGGUUUUGUACACCAGCUGAAAAUACAAUAUUUUUGGAUAUUGAAAAAUAUUUCACCGUGGUUUAGAUUGUACAAUGAUUCUCUACACUUGCUUGUUUUGUCACAUAAAUGGAAAGUAGGCGAACAUGAUAGAAUUUUAGCAACCAGGGAAUGGCGGAGCGAUUUCUCAAUAUUGCGCCUUUAAAACAAGUCUGACAGACUGACAUUUUGAUGCACCUGCAUAUUCCUUAGAGUCUAGGAAACAGUAAUGGAUUCACUAUAGACAAUGCAUUGAGGAAUGGGGCUUGAUUAGCGGUAAAGCAAUGGCUAAUUGACUGCAUUUCUGUUUCUGUUGUUUUACAGCACACCUCCAGACAAUGUGUCCAUCCAGGAGUUCCAGAUGAAUGAAGCCAUUGACGUUGAGGUAACACCUGACUGACUUCACUUCAAACAAUCUUUGAAUUAGAUUACUGCCUUUACUAACUGCCCAUCACUGAGGUCUGUUUGUGUCUUCUCUGUGUGUUCUGUAGGUGGUGCAGCUGAUCAGCACAGAGAUUUUACCGUUUGCCAACUUCAUCCCCAAAGACUUUGUUGGUCAGAUUAUGACCAUGCUAAAUAAAGGAUCCAUUCACUCACAGUCCUCCUCAUUUACAGGUAAGAAAACAGCACUGGGUCAGAAAUACCCACUCUUAUUCCAAAAGCUCAUGCUUUUUCCACCGAAGAUUCCCUAACGGGGGCCAUACCUUUUUUCCCGAAUACCUUUUUAUUCUGCUGGCAACAAUAGGAUCAUAUUUUUCUUUAAUUACUGAUGCUAUAAUUAAUAACAAUAGGACAUUUCUAGCAUCACCUAAAGAAAAUAAGGAGAUAAGCUUUACUGUGUAGCGCUGAUCUUUUCUACUGCAUCACCUCUAAGCAUGUCUUUCCUACCAUCCACAGAGGCAGAGAUAGACGUGCGGAUGCGGGAGGAGUUCUCCAAGGUGUGUUUUGAGACGCUGCUCCAGUUCUCCUUCAGUAACAAGGUGUCCACGCCCCAGGAAGGCUACAUCUCCCGCAUGGCCCUCUCUGUGCUCCUCAAAAGGUCCCAGGACGUGUUGAGGCGCUACGUGGACGAUGAGAGGCUGAGUGGACGCUGCCCGCUGCCCAGGUGAGUCCACUAACACCACUAAAACAAGAGCCCUAGAAGACCACCAUCACCUCUACUGCUGCUACUACAAGACCCCCGGGACAGGGAUGUAGUAGAGGGUAAAUGCACCAAAACUCAGGCCAUUUUGAUUUUGUGAAGAGUGUUUAUGAACAUAUUACACAACAUUAGCAUUCAACAAGAGAGAGGGCUUACACUGGUACUUCAGCUGAGAACUGGCAUCAGUUUCUCCAUCCACAAUCCUCUGGGUUCUCUCUCAUUCUUUCUCUUUUAUUCUCUUGGUAUUCAUACGGGGUAGAUUCAGGCAAUUCCACGGUAACAGGGACAGUGACUCAGAUUUUUCACUUUAAAAUAUAUCUCAAACAAAAACCAAUGAUUGCAAAGUUCUAAAAAAACAUACAACUCUAUGUACAAUGAAUUAUUUUAACAAUUUCCACUGAAAAUUGUACAAAAACACAUUUACUUGAAGAACAGUGCAGAUGCAAAGUUUGAUAACAGAAUGAUGGCACAAACAGCACAACCCGUCAUUCUGUUACCAAACUCUGCAUCUGCACUGUUCAUCAAGUAAAUUAGUUUUUGUAACAUUUUCUGUGGAAAUUGUUAAAAGUAGUCCUUGUGUGUCAAGUUGUAUGAUUUGUUGUCCCCGUGAUGAAAACGGGGAGGGGACUGUGGAUCGGUCUCCGCCCGUUCGUCCAUUCGUUAGUCACACGUGAUAUCUCAGACAGCACUAGCCCAAUUUUGACCAAACUUGGGUGAAUGAUGCGUCUUGCCAUAGAGAUCCGGUAUUUACAAAAUUACACUGAUUGGCCCAAGGUGGGAGCUAUCAAUUAACUGAAAUUUGUGAGUCAACCCAGAGAGGAAGCGAGAGGGAUGACUGGGCCCAAAAUCUGUCUUCUCCAGCAGGUGGCGUUUUUUAGUUUUUUUUACCAAGCAAGGAGUUUUUGUGGUCAAUGAGAGAGUGUCGAAUGGCUUAUUUGCUACGUGUGGCUUAUUUGAUUUAAUAUACGUUUCGUAGUGCUUAGGUUGUUAUGAGUGUACUGAUAAGUAGGACACGCGACAACCCGGUAACUUUGAGAAAAAAAACAUGUUAUAUUGGAGUUGUGCCUGUUGUUCACACGCGUAUCUGCCCUAUCAUUGGCUAGAAUGGUCCCACCUGAUCUUGCCUCCUCCUGACUGCCUUCUAGUCUGAGUAACAGUCUCUAUAGCGAACAGUCCACUCCUUGCCACUACUUGUCAUUGCAAAAAAGUAUUUGGCACAUGACAUGGAGUAGAGGGAGUGGAUUAGCUAAAGAGACUGGUACCCAGGCUAACUACCUUCCAUUUUUUAAGACAUUUAUUUUCAUAAUUCGAGUGGCCUCUUGAGCAUCGGGUCAAUAUAAUGGAUAAUCUGUGGUCACACACGAUAACUGAAAUGUGUUAGUCACACGUGAUAUCUCAAUUGGCCCAAAAGCUGCAUCAUUCGUGGGGGACAACAUGUUUCACUGUUGCUUUGUUUAACUUUGCAGUCAUUGGUUUUUGUUUGAAAAAUCUGAGUCUGUGUCACUCUGUUAGUGUGGAAUUGCCCAUUCCCUGGUAGGUGCUCUGUCAUCCAAGAAUGUGUUCUGUGUUAGUUUACCAUUGCAGCGUAGUGUAACAGUCUUUUCACUGUCUUCCGUAGUGGACAGAGGAUGAAGCUUGAUUGCCAACUUCUCAGGUUAAUAGCAUAAUCAAAUGUGCAUCCUUCAGAUACACAUUUCUGUUUUCAAACUGCCCCUGUCCCAUUUCUCUGUGGUCUUUCUCUAUUACUUGAGCAAAUGCCACACUGACUGUAACAAAUUACAUAUAUUCAGGUCUCCUGCUGCAAAUAGGGUUUUUAUUGAAAACGUUGUACCUAUGAUUUGUUUGGAGAUUUGAAGGUUGGUGCUCAUUGUAUGUCCCCUGUUUGGUCCCCUUGUAUGGUGCUGAAUGCAAGUUAUUUUAUUAUUUUUAAAUGCACAACAUUAAUAUUUAAGUAUAAUUGUUCCAUUCCUUAUAAUUUAUUUCUAGGCAACAAGUGACAGAAAUCAUCUUUGUCUUAAAAGCUAUCAGCACUUUGAUGGACUCACUUAAAAAGACCCAGCCAGAAAAUGGUGAGUAGAAGUAAAGAACUUAGAAAACAGACACAGAUAAUUAUUUUACUAUAUCGAUCAUCUAGUAUUUCAGAUCACCGUGUCACAGUACAAUGGGACAAUGUUUGCAAAUGCAAUUUAAUUCUGAAGAGAGAUUUGUAUGUACAAUGUUUGAUUUUUGGAAUCACAGAGGCAUGCAAAAGUACCCUUGAGGUUGUUUAUAUCCUAAUUUAUCCAGACAAAAAACAUUUACAUUUGCCUCUGGCUUUCUAAUGGAAAAUAAUGAUUUAUUUAAUUGCUUCCUCUCUCACGUCUGUCUGUCUCUCCUUUCACUCUCCUUUCACUCUUCUGCCUCUCCUUCCUUUACCUCUCCUGUCCUAUUCUUCUCUGCCUUCCUCUCCUCUCUUCUCCUCUGUCCUUCUCCCUUUCCUCUUUCCUCUUCCUCUCCUUUCCUAUUCCCACUCCUCUCCUCUGCCCUCCUCUCCUUUCCAAUCCCCACAUCUCCUAUUCAUUGCACAUGUUCUCCGCUCUGCUUCCCUCUUUCCCCACCCCUUCCCAUGGUGUGUGCCCCCCUACAGUGGAUGGGACCACGUGGGCCCAGGUGAUUGCCCUGUACCCUACCCUGGUGGAGUGCAUCACCUGCUCCUCCUCUGAGGUCAGCUCAGCGCUGAAGGAGGCCCUGGGCCCCUUCAAAGACUUUAUGCAGCCCCCCGUCUCCAGAGUUCAGAACGGAGAAUCCUGA